AAAGACUUCUUCAUGCAGCUAAGCUAUGGAACUCGCUGCCACAAGAGGCAGUGACAGCCACCGACUUUGAUGGCUUUAAAAGAGGAUUGGACAAUUAUAUGGACAAGGCUAUCAAUGGCUACUAGCCAUAAUGGGUAUGUUCCACCUCCAAUGUCAGGGGCAGUAAUGCUUCUGAAUACCAGUUGUUGGGGUUCUGCUAAGGGUUUCCCACAGGCAUCUGGUCGGCCACUGCCAGAAUGAGAUGCUGGGCUAGAUGGCCUGUACCAGCAGACCCGUUUUAUGUUCAGGUGGGGACAACUGGACUCAAGGAUGUGGGCUUGUGAAUCGCAGCUCAGUCCACUGCAGAAUGACCCUACAACAAGCCUCUCUGACCUCCAGAGGCCUAAGGCUACACCCACGCCAAUGAAAGCACGUUGUUCCCCCCCCUCAAAGAAUCCUGGGAAGUAUAGUUUGUUAAGAGUGCUGUGAACUGUAGCGCAGCGAGGGGGCAAACUACAGUUCCCAGGGUUCUUUUUUCCGGGGGACCAUGUGCUUUGAAAGUGUUCUACCUGAAUGGUUGCGGCUAAGACCUUAUUAACGCGGGAGGGACUGCAGCAGUCCGCUCACCUCCCCGGCGGCGCGGCUGCAACCUUUGCCGAGCUGCCCGCCCGCCUCCCGCUCAGGCUUCCCCGGCCCCUCCUCUGAACCUUCUCACGUGGCAGCCACUGUGCCGCCUCCUUCCCCGGCCGCGGCUCCGAGUCUGCGCCCUUCCGCUCGCUCAGUUCGCAAGAGGAGGGAGAAGACGCGCAGCCGGACGCACGGAGGGCGCUGUAGCAGGAGGUAAGGCGCAAGUGGGCGCAACCGACUUUCUGGGAGGUGGGGCGCAAGCUGAUACAGGGAUUCGCGCUGGGAGAACUCCCUUUGCAAAUCGGGCGCUGCAGCGUACAGACCACUACGGGGCAUAUGCAGAGUGCCUUUGCUUGCAUUCCGUGGAGUAGAGAGGUGAGAGGCGUCGUGGUUCCCUCUGCGAUUUAAACAGGGGAGCGGGUAAAGCUGAAGGGCCUGGGGGCUCCACAGAGAGGAGGGACGCGCCUCUGGAAAAGCCUAGCCCCCCUGCCUACCGUUCGAGAUCCAUUAUUGGUGACGCGUUGCAUGGAUUCCCUUCUGCUUAGUUUCUGGAGAUGGCUGUCAGCCCUCUGGUGUAUGUUUGUCUUUCUCCGGUGUUCGGCUUCCCAGAUACAUCCUGGGAGAAGAGGAUGCUGGGCUGGAUUUGCCUUUGGCCUGACCCAGCAGCCUCUUCUUAGGCUCUUGUGUGAAAUUCUGUAGAGCGCCUGCCACUCAGCUGUGUAGCCAGUACAGAGCUAGCUGGACCAGUGGUCUGAGGCAUUUUAUUCCAUCGCAGUGUUUUUUACAGUGGUACCUCGGGUUAAGUACUUAAUUCGUUCCAGGGGUCCGUACUUAACCAGAAACUGUUCUUAACCUGGAGCACCACUUUAGCUAAUGGGCCUCCCGCUGCUGCCGUACUGCCGGAGCACAAUUUCUGUUCUCAUCCUGAAACAAAAUUCUUAACCUGAAGCACUUUUUCUGGGUUAGCAGAGUCUGUAACCUGAAGCAUAUGUAACCUGAAGCAUAUGUAACCCGAGGUACCACUGUAUUUGUUUGAUCCAUUGAGCCAGCCCUUCAAAUUGCAUUGGCUAGCUGGCUGGGCAAGAGAGCGCUUUUAAGCAUGUAAAGAGUGCCUCAGAUUCCCUGUAAGUGCAGUUUAUUUAUUUUUACUAUUUUUUAACAGCAGGGAAUAAAUGGCACUGCCCAAGAGUUUUUAGAACCCGAAAAAUAUUGUGUGUGUGUGUUUUGUUUUGUUUUUUGGAAUGGGUAGUGUCAUUUGUGAAUUUGGAGCCAUCACACCGAAAAUGGGGUGAAGUCUUGAUUCAAAAUGGCGCCUGGCUUCCAAAUGUCAACAAAGACCCCUCCCCCACCUUGGGAACCCUUGCAACCAAGUUUAGCGGUGAUAUCUCCAGAGGCAUCCAAACCUAUAGAGACCAAAGGGACAGACAAACCACUUUCCAAAUUAUAUAGUGGAUUGCGUUUAUAUUUCACCUUUCCUCCAGCAAGCUGAAGGCAGCCCUGUUCAGGGAAGUUUUUAAUGUGUGACAUUUUAGUGUAUUUUGGUCUCUGUGGAAGCCGCCCAAAGUGGCUGGGGAAACCCAGCCAGAUGGGCGGGGUACAAAUAAUAAAUUAUUAUUAUUAUUAUUAUUAUUAUUAUUAUUGUAGAUGGCUUCCCCACUCCCUCCAUAUCAUUGCAGCCCCGUGAGGUAGGUUAGGCCGAGAGUUGGUGACUGACCCAAGAUCCCCCAAUGAGCUUCACAGCCGAGUGGAGAUUUGACACACCACAUUGGCUUUCGUGGGAUAUGGUGCUUCCUGGCAGCACAGAUGUGUAAAAUCCACUGACAACUAUUAAAAUACUGUUUUCUCUCCACUUGGUAUAAUUUUCAAGAUAGCAGCUGACAAGCCAGGUAUCCUAUCCACCUGCUGACAGGCUUAAGUGUGGCCAGUAGGACAGGCAUCAUAACAUGACUGCAGCUUCUCACUAGCCAGCUGUGUGCAUGUCUCUACCCACCCAAAGAAUUGUAGGCACUGUAGUUUAAGGGUGCUGGGAGGGGUAAACUACAGUUCCCAGGAUUCUUGGGGGAAGCAAUGUAUGGCGUGUAGAUAGCCUGUUCCUUCGUCCUUGCUAAGGAAGGGUCUGAUGGCAUGGGUUGAUUGGUGGGGAUGGGGGACGUUGAAUUGGAGGCACGUGACAUUAGACAGCCUCUGCCAUCAGGUUUUCUGCACACUAGCUCCUGAACAGGAGCAGUCUAUCUGAGCUGUGAGAACUUUGAAUUGCAGUAGCUACCAUCUUAGACAGUCCAGUUAUUCCAAAGCCUCCCUAAGUGCUUAUUCCCUCUGUCUGUAUAAUUGUGAGUCUUCUCCGGGCAUAGAUAUAGUCUGCGGGGGCUGGUUAAACCGUUGGCUUCAGCUGUUGAAUUCUUGCUGUUCUUGCUUGUGGGCCUCCUUAGGCAUCUGACCGGCCACUGAGAUAACAGGAUGUGGACUAGAUGGGCCAGGGGCCUGAUCCAACUGCAGAGCUCUUAUUAUGUUAAGCCUGUCAGGCCUCUGGAGAGCUCAUUAGGGGAGCAUUAAGGUACCUUCAGGAGGCAGUGGAAGACAGGAGUGUCUGGCGUGCUCUGGUCCAUGGGGUCACGAAGAGUCGGACACGACUAAACGACUAAACAACAACAAGGUACCUUAUUUCCCUGGAUUCAGCAUUCAGUACUUUUGAGAUAGGCUGCCUCUGAACAUGAAGGCUUUGUUUAUUGUGGCACUGUAGGUUAAACCACAGAUCCUAAGGCUUGCCGAUCGGAAGGUCGGCGGUUCGAAUACCCGCGAUGGGGUGAGCUCCCGUUGCUUGGUCCCUGCUCCUGCCAACCUAGCAGUUCGAAAGCAUGCAGUGCAAGUAGAUAAAUAGGUACUGCUCCGGCAGGAAGGUAAGCUGUGUUUCCAUGCGCUGCUCUGGUUCACCAGAAGCGGCUUAGUCAUGCUGGCCACAUGAUCUGGAAGCUGUACGCCGGCUCCCUCGGCCAGUAAAGCGAGAUGAGCGCCACAACCCCAGAGUCAUCUGCGACUGGACCUAACGUUCAGGGGUCCCUUUACCUUUACCUUACUUUUGAGAUAGGCUGCCUCUGAACAUGGAGGCUUUGUUUAUUGUGAUUGGCCUGUAUCCUCAGCGUUGAUUCAGUAGAAUUUCAGGUUCAACCGAUUCUGGAAUAAAUGUCUCCUUUCUGUGAAGUCUCUCUUGGAUUAAAAUGGUUUCCACUGGCCAACGGUGGCUUUGUUCUCUUCUUCACCUUUCACUCUUGAUUACUCUUAAUAGGUGCAAAUUGCCUUUGAUCCUUGCAAGAUCUUUUAUCUGCUAGGGCUGGUGUUUGCCUUGGCUAGGCAGUAGGGUUUUUGGAAAAGGAGUGUGGGGAGGGAUCCCAGUUGUGACAGCUGGUACGUAGAAAGAUCCAAGGAGAAGCUGUUCUAAAAACAACAGGGCAAGAAGAAACUUUUUUGAAUUUUGGCAAAGCUUUGGCAAGCAAGGUGCUGUUUCUAUACAAUAGUUAAUUAAAAGCUUCGGGAUGGUUCUGAGGCUAGGUAUUCCUGCAAAGGGAAGAGAAAAGUUGUUUGCAAUAUAUUUCCUGGUGGAGAGAGAAAGCCAGGUAAAAGUCCUUUUGCAGUAGGCUAUGGUCUCAUGGAGCAGAGGAUUCUUUGCUGCACAGUGCUGAGGUGAGCUGGGAUGAGUGAAAAUGGACAGAGACAAGCCCCCCCCCUCGCUUAAUGCAAGAACCUGGGGCCAUCUGAUCAAGUUGAAUGUUGGAAGAUUCAGGAUAGACAAAAAGUACUUCGUCAUGCAGCACAUAAUUAAACUGUGGAAUUUGCUCCCAGAAGAGGCAGUGAUGGCUGCCAACUUGGUUGGCUUUAAAAGAGGAUUACGCAGAUUUCUGGAGGAUAAGGCUAUCAGUGGCUGCUAGUCACGAUGGAUAUGUAUUCCUUGCACUCUCAGAAGCAGCCUGCUUUUGAAUGCCAGUUGCUGGGAAUCCCAAGUGGGGAAACUUGCUGUUGCACUCAGGUCCUGGGGGGGGGGGGAGGGUCCAUUGGGGAACCUGGUUGGCCACUGUGAGAACAGGAUGAUGGUCCUUUAGCCUAAUCCAGAAGGACUCUUCUUGUAUUCUUAAAUGAAACAGUAUGAAGUUAUAGAUUUCUGGGAAAUGAGGGCUCUUUUGCCAAGGUGUAAAAAGCCGGAGGGGGUGGGAUGGUACCUGCAUCGAGACAAUAGAUUUUAAAACAUAUAUAAGUUUUUACAGUAGGACAUAGGGAUAUAAGAAGUUCUUUGCUGGAUCUGACCAAAGUCCUGUUUAGUCCAGCAUCUUGUUCUCUACAGUGGCCAGUCAGGUGCUUCUGGAAAACUCAGAAACAAGAACAUGAACUUCCAAGGAAAAGCCUGCUCUGAGGUCCACACCUGUCCACUUUAUACAACAUCACAGCAUCAGGCCCUUUCUUUCAAACUGUUCACUGGGUCUGUCUAGAUGCAGCAUGAUCUGUGUACAUAGGCAGGAUCGUCUCACACUGCAUGAAUAGGGGCAACUAUGUACAAUUGUAUUUGCUCACAUGGAUGCAGUCUAUCAGCACAAACAUUAAUCCACUCCUCUGGGUUCUGUUAAUGAUCUCUUGCUUCCAAUGCCCGUUGAUGCUCGAGGCAAAGCACAGAACACCCCCACUACAGUAGUUAUAUCUAGUUCCUUCAUAUGCGUCCUGCAUGACUCUUCCUUCUCCUCCCUUUUAAAAAUUGAAAUUUUUCAUAAGUUUAUAAUCUUCAGGCCACCGGAGGCAAACCUUUAAAAUAGGAUGAGCGGAGGAAGGGGGGUGCGGUUGGUGCCGGCCGCCCCGGGUGUCACCACUGAGGGGAGGUGACAAAAUGCCGGGUGGCACUCACCAUGGGGCCUACAGCGCGCUCGAGCCACGCAUCUCUCCUGAGAGAGACGUGGUGGCUUGGACGCCCGCAGGCUCAGCGCUGCCCCAAACGGACUACCCGCUGCCUCCCCCCCAGCUGUAGGGCGGCUGAGUGGGAGGAGGCAGGCAGACUCUGGAGGUCCCGCAGUGCGUCCCGCCCCUGGGCAUGCCGCCCCAGGCGCCCAAGCAGCUUCCUAUGCCACUGGAUGAGCAGGUGCAUAUUAAAAAUUUAUAAACUGGACCUUCAUCCAAAAAUGGAUUUUAGGGCAAUAUACAUAAGAAUCUGAAGCCACAGAAUUAUAGAGUUGGAUGGGACCCCGAGGAUCAUCAACCUCCCUCAAUGCAGGAAUAUGCAGCUGUCCCUUACGGGGAUCGAACCUGCAACCUUGGUGUUAUCAGCACCCCACUUUAACCAACUGAGCCAUCUCCAGUGCAAAAUUAAAACAACAGAAUGUGUUAAACAGCAGUAUGAUAAAUCUGAGAGGAAUGAAAAUACCUUACCAGCUGAAAAUACAAUAACUUAAGAUGCCUGGGCAAAUGAAAGGUUUUAAGCUGGUGCCAAAGGGAAUUCAUCAUUUGCUAUGGAGUGGGAUGAGCAGGUGCUCACUGUAGAAAAUAGCUAAGGGUCCAACUUCACCUGUGUGUUAAAAUGGAUCCAUUAGAUUGGGGUUAGGUUGGACUAGGGGUCGGGGAACCUGUGGCCCUUCAGAUCAGCCCCUGCCAGCAUGUCAGGAAUGAUGGGAGUCCCAGUCCAGUGAUACCUGGAGGACCACAGGUUCGCUAUCCUGGCAUUAAAUUAAAGCUAGGAAUAUGAAUACUUUUCAAAUGGGACUUGUGCCAGUACUCCUACUGUGCCUGUGGUCCUGAGUGUUCCCUUUGCUUUUUCUUCCUUUUUUUUCUUCAAGCAAGCCUUGGCCAGUAUCCUCCUGGCCACGUCUGGGACAAUCGGCUUCAUUUUUUAAGGUGGCAUUUUUCAAGAGACAGCGUGUUCUGAGGUUCCUCUCUGAUCACAAAACAGCUGGCACUCUCCGCACAAAUUUAGCAAAAAGCCCAGGUUAGAUCAAAAUGAUAACGCAAUUCACCCUGUCAAGUCCUGGUUAUAAAUCUGGAAGGACGUGUACUUUGGAGAAAGGCCUGGAGGAGCCUCCUACCACCACUGCUUUUUUGUUCUUGAGCCAAAUCAUUUACAAGUGCGAAACCCAAGGGAUUGCAGUAGCCUGGGACCUGAUAGGAUAGGAAGAAGCACUUUUAACUGUUGGAAGGCUGUGGGGACCUUUGAGAGGCCUCCUACCUGAAGCUGAAUAAUCUCCUUCCAUGUCCAGGAAAAAUAUUUCCAAUAUUUAAAGUGCCAGGUGAUUCUUUCUUCCAUUUAUUUCAGGAGCAAGUGUCAGAUUUGGUUUGGGGUGCUAUGUUGAUGUUCAGGACAGACAAAACUGUAGGUGUCUUUAUGCAAUGCAUAAUGAAUUUAGUUGCACAUGACGUGCUGACAGUCCUAACGGUGUAAAUGGAUAAGACCACUGUUCUUCAGCUUGGGGGAUUUGGCCUGAUCCAAGAUGGCUCGCAGCAGGAGCACUACCACCAUGCAAAUACAUGAUAAAAGAUUAAGAAAUGGGUCUCCUAGGCAUGUUUGGGUUAAAACUUAAAAUUGUAUCUUGGGUCUGAAAAGGUUGAAGCUAAAUGGAUUGGACAUUUCAUUUCAUUUUCCUUUUAAUUUGUAUGCUGCCUUACUAUAUUACUAUACACAAGGCCGUUUGCAAGCUGAAGAAACAACAGUCCAAUAUAAUACGUCAGGCAGGUAUAGUAUUAAUUGUUCUUGCCAGCAGCUUUUAAACUGUGCAGCUAAAAGUGGGAGCUCUACAGUUCAGAGAUCAGAGAUGGCACACCUGUGCAGGCCAGGUGUUGGGAACAGAUACAAAAUGAUCACGGGGGUAGAGCAGCUCCCCUGUGAAGAAAGAUUACAACAUUGGGGGCCCUUUAGUUCAGCCAAAAAAGUGACUAAGAGGAGAUACAAUAGAGGUGUAUAAAAAUGAUGCAUGGUGCUCAGAAAGUGGGUAAGUUUUUCUCUGUCCCUCAUGAUACUAGAACUCAGGGAAAACCAAGGAAGAUUCAGGACAGACAAAAGCAGUUCCUCCUUCACUCAGCGCAUAGUUACAAACUAUGGGAUUCGUUCCUGCAAGAGGUAGCGAGUGCCACCAACACAUAUGGCUUUAAAAGAGGGUUAUUUACGGUAUUUUAUUUCAUAACAUUUAUAUACUAAUUGGUUGUAGAAGAAAAACCUCAAGAGCUGUUUACAAAAAGAUAAAACAAUAAAAUUAUCAAGAAAAAAUUGCAAGAGCAGUUUAAAAUGUACAAAAAGUUAAAAUAGUAACAACAGGUAUUUAUUAGAGAAAUUCAUGGAGCAAGCCUAUCAAUGGCUUCUAGCCACAAUGGCUAUGUUCUCCCUUCCACUGUCAGAGGCAGUGUGCUGCUGGCUACCAGUUGCUGGGAAUCACAGGUGGGGAAGAGUUCUGUUGCACUUGCAUCAUGCUUGCAGGUGCCCCAUAGCCAUCGUGUUGGCCCCUAUGCUAAGAGAGUGUUGGAUUUGACGGGCCUGAUCUAGCAGGGCUCUCCUUAUGUCCUUGUGUCUUGUUUUUCAACUCCCCAAGGGUAUCUGUACUUUCCUAUGGGUGACUCUAUCUUCUGUUGGAGGAAUACAACCCAAAAUUUCAUAAUCUUUCAUCCAUAUACAAAAAGUGAAUUAUGGUUUAAGGAACAUUAUACAGAUUUUGUGUGUGUGUCCUUGGUUACUGUGAUAUUUUAAGCAGAAUGUCAAAUUAUGCGAGAAGAGUGUCAAAUUAUACGAGUGAAAAUAAUGUAGGAGGUUGAACAUUGAAUUGGAAUUUUAUAUUCCUCAUAAUUAACAAACUCCAUUCUUCAAUAAAUUUGUUUGGUGCACAUCUUUCAAGAUCUCUUUUAUAAUGUAUAAAUGUUGCGACAACGCUAUAUCAUAUAUCACAUGUUUUUUUUGUACCAUUGCAAAAUGUUAACCGGUUUAUCUGAUAUCCAGAUUCUUGCUGUGACUAGUCUGCCUGCAGUGAUCUCAGCUGUUGCAGGUUCCAGAUCUUUCUUGUUUACUGUGUGUUUCAGAUAUCCCAAUAAAGCAGACAGUUUCUUAGGUGUUGGCAUAAAAAUAUUUUUUUCCUUUGUUUUGCCGGUGUGAUUUGCCUCCUGCCCAGUCCUUCUUAAGCAUCUCUUGUGGGUUUAUGUGAUAUUCUUGUGCUGCUUUUCCAACAGCAAAUAUUGAGCUCAAAGCAGCUGAUAAUACCAUGAGCAUGAAAUUGAUUGUAAUAAAACCUCACAGCGGUUUACAAAAAUAAUAAAACGAUAAAAUUAUUGGUAAGAAAAGAAACCUAUUUAAAACAUUCAGAAAUAAUUAAACAAUAAGCUAAAAACCAGAUUAAAACACGUCAACAUUCUGUGUGUCUAGGUAAAGGUAAAGGGACCCCUGACCAUUAGUUCCAGUCGUGACUGACUCUGGGGUUGCGGCGCUCAUCUUGCUUUAUUGGCCGAGGGAGCCGGCGUAGGCUUGCCUAAACAAAAAUGUUUUUAGCAGAGGCCAAAAACAGUACUGUGUAGGGGCCUGCCUGAUGUCUAUAGUGCUGCCUCACUAAAAUAUCAUUUUCUUACAAAUGUACAAUGAGUAUAAACCUAUAAUGGUGCCAGUUCCACAUCGGGCUGCUGAUUUAAUAGUAUCAGCUGCUCUGAAUCUGAGAGAGAAUUUCAAGGGCUAGCAUGCUUGCCCACCAUGUGCAUAUAAACAAAGAGGUAGGUAACAUCUUUAAAACAACCUUAAUGUAUUUGUAAAGCAAUCAGGAAAGAAAGGGGGAAGUUGUAAAAUACACAGUGCAGUAUAUCAGUGAGCAAACAAGGCCUUAUUCUGCUUUUGUUACUCAUGUUACUCAGCAGGAGGAGGAAGGGACGGAGCUUUUGAGAUAUUAAGGCAAGGGGACCACACUGAAGGAAUGCUGUUUUGUCUCUCCUGUUCUCAUAAUGAAUGGGUUUGAUGUAUCAUUUACCAAAGGGCUGGGGAAUUCUUUGGCCCUCCUGGGUUUCAAUGAACCCCUGAUGUAAGUUGAAAUCCAGCAGCAUUUGGAAGGCUAUCAGCCAUAAGUUUCCCGUCCCUAAUUCUUGUAUGCUAUCUAUGCUUUGUGGUUGCAAAGGAGAGCUGCUUUGCCGGAAUGACAUACAGUGCAUUGUUGAAGUAUGUGAGUUGAAUAAUAGACGUUUCCUAAUAAAAAUGUAGGUGCAGCCCUGCUAGAUCAGGCCAAAGGCCCAUCUAGUCCCAGCAUCCUGUUCUUGCAUUGGCCAACCAGAUAUCUAUGGGAAGCCCAUGCAUUUAAUGCAUUUUAAGUACAGUGGUGCCUCGCAAGACGAAAUUAAUUCGUUCCGCAAGUCUCUUCGUCUUGCGAGUUUUUCGUCUUGCGAUGCACGGUUUCCCAUAGGAAUGCAUUGAAAAUCAAUUAAUGCGUUCCUUGGGAAACCGCCUUCAGACCCGGCCCGGGGACAGUCGGGCCCCGGACCUCUUCUGAAGGCUGGGGGGGGGGGCAAGGGCUUUUCUUCCCACCCCCAGCAUUUUAAAAAACCCCGGGACAGCGGAGGACUUCUCCGCUGUCCGGGCGAUCUUAAAAUGCUGGCGGGCGGCAUUUUAAAAUCACCCCGGGACAGCGGAGGACUUCUCCGCUGUCCGGGGCAAUUUAAAGCCCCUGGGAAGGCAGGCAGGGGGACAAAGACUUUCGCCCCCGCCAGCCUUCAGAAGAGGUCCUGGACCUCUUCUGAAGGCGGGCGGGGCGAAGUCUUGCUCCCCGCCUUCAAAAGCCCUCCGGGACAGGCAGGCAGGGGGAGCAAGGACUUUCGCCCCCGCCCGCCUUCAGAAGGUCUUCCCUCCCCCGCCCGGCUCGGAGCACCGUUCCGAGCCGGGCGGCGGCGGCAGGUGUUCCCUCCCCCGCCCGGCCGGAGGAGCCUUCCGAAGCCCGGCGGCGGCGGGAGGAGGUGUCCCCGCCCCGCCGCCAGGCUUCGGAGGAGGUCCGAGGACAGUGGGGAAGACGCGCUGCGCUUCCCCGCUGUUCCUGAGAUUUCCCUAUGGGCUGUCGUCUUGCGAAGCAAGCCCAUAGGGAAAUUCGUUUUGCGAAGCGCCUCCAAAACGGAAAACCCUUUCGUCUAGCGGGUUUUCCGUCUUGCGAGGCGUUCGUCUUGCGGGGUACCACUGUAUAUCCUUUUUUACACAUGGAUAUGGAGACAAAAACUGAAAGCAUUUAAAUGCGAGAAAUACACACAAUAUCAAUUCUGUAUAAAGCUAUAGAUUCAUUUUGUAGAGUUGUUGUUUUUUAUAUUAAAAAGUUAAUGAAUUUAAAUGCAUUUCCCCCUUUGUUUUAAAAUGCUUGUUAUACCUGAAUCAUUGUGUAGGGUGUAGCUGCAAUAUGACUUUGCUCUGAGCUGUACAAAUCAUCUCUUGGGGCCUGUGAGCAAUGAAAGGACUUGCUUUGGAGUUCUUUGCUACUCGCAAGUAUUCCAUGCUGGUGGGCUUGGAACAUAACCUAACAAUUUAGGAAGAGUCCAGAUGCAUCAGGCCAAAAGCCCAUUAUAGAACAGUAUUUGUCAUCUAAGUUGGUGACCAUCACUACCUCCUGUAGAAGCACAAUCCACAUUUUAGCUGUGCACUGUUGUCUGUCCUGAACCUUUGAACAUUCAGCUCCACUGUAUGUCCUCGAGUUCUAGUAUUAUGAGAGAGGAAAAGAAACUUUCCUCUACAGUGGUACCUCGGGUUACAGACGCUUCAGGUUACAGAUGCUUCAGGUUACAGACUCCGCUAACCCAGAAAUAGUACCUCGGGUUAAGAACUUUGCUUCAGGAUAAGAACAGAAAUCGUGUGGCGGCAGUGGGAGGCCCCAUUAGCUAAAGUGGUGCUUCAGGUUAAGAACAGUUUCAGGUUAAGAAUGGACCUCCGGAGCAGAUUAAGUACGUAACCCGAGGUACCACUGUAUUAACUUUCUCUGCACCAUGCAUCAUUUUGUUCACGAUUCUGUCAUCUCUCCCCACCCUUACUUGCCAUUUCUCUAAACUAAAAAGCUCCAAAAGUUAUAACGAAAGGUUAUAACUUUUGGAGCUUUUUAGUUUAGAGAAAUGGCAAGUAAGUGAGAAGAUGAUAGAGUUUCUCUGUUUUCCCCUUGAUCAUUUUUGUUUCCCUUUUCUGAACCUUUCCCCAGAUCUACAAUAUCCCUUUUUGAGGUGAGGCAACCAGAGCUGAACACAGUAUAUUCUAAGUGCGGUCUGACCGUAGAUUUGUAUAAUGGCAUUAUGAUACUUAGAGCACUGGCUAAGCUUGUUAACACGGUCUGCAAUUUGCAAUGAUGCUGCCAGGAUUGUCUUUGCCGUCCUUCCAACUGUACUGCGCUGUGCCCUUUCCGCAUGUGUUGUUUUCCUUCUCUGUCCUGUGACGGCGGCGCAGCUGACAAAAGCUUUUCCAUCUGCUUAAUUCUCUUUCACUGCAAGGAGAAGGGGUGGGGGACUAUUUUGAAGAGCUCUUUAUGCAUCUUCCAUCUAGCCAAUUAUUAUAUUAAACUCUAGGGCUGAGAUGCAUGAAUUAAUUAAAUUUCCAUCUUUGCUUUUUAAAGCGAGGGAGGUUGUUGGGAUAGCAUCACCCUUCUCUUAAAAAAAAUUCCUUUGCUCUGUUGCCACUGGUUCAGACGCUAGCCUAGUAACUGAACUGUCCAAUGGUUACAGAAUGCGUUGCUGCAGCUUCUCAUCGUUUAAGCUUGAGCUGAGCGUGUGUUGCAGGAUUGGAGAAAACUGGGGCAGCACAUGGGGCGCUGGAAGGCAGUGUUAACAGCCGGUGCACAGCGUGGACUUGAUGCCAGCGGCUUUGGCGGUGUGCUCCAGGACUCGGAUAGCUCACGCUAGAUAACUGCAUUGCUGUGGUUUGUGUUGCUUUUCUUUCCCUUUAGAAAUACUGUUUAAAUUGUGACACUGGCCCAUGUUAGGACCAUCUAACAAGCUUAGCACAGAAGCAUACAGCCAAGAAAGUCAUUAAGAGAAAGACAAAGCAUCACUGCCACUAGAACUGCCCUCGCCUCCAGCACCUUUCACCCUUAGCAUCAAAACCCAACACAAAUUAGAAAGCUCUGCCUAAGUCUUAAUUCUCCAUUGCUACUGCUGUUAAUGCUGUUUUGCUCAUGGGUCAUUGGUGGAGCAUCUGCUCUGCACCUAAAAGGUCCCAGGGCCAUUUCCUGGCUGCUUGGGCGGGGGGAUCCCUUGGAGAUCCACUGCCAGUCAGUAUAGACUGCAGUGGUCAGCAAACUUUUUCAGCAGGGGGCUGGUCCACUGUCCUUUAGACCUUGUGGGGGGCUGGACUAUAUUUUGGGGAAAAAUAUGAACAAAUUCCUGUGCCCCACAAAUAACCCAGAGAUGCAUUUUACAUAAAAGAACACAUUCUACUCAUGUAAAAACACGCUGAUUCCCAGACCGUCAGCGGACAGGAUUGAGAAGGCGAUUGGGCUGCAUCCGGCCCCCGGGCCUUCGUUUGCCUACCUAUGGUAGACUGACAGUCUGACUUGGUACAAGGCAGCUUCCUGUGUUUCUGCUGGCAGUCUGGAAUGCCAAGCUGCAGUUUGUUCACUAAGGUCACUGAGAGUCAGGGGGAAGUAAAAGUCCCUGGCUGUUUCAUUAGAUAAGCUCUUUCAAAAGAUCUUUGCAUGGGAUCCUGCCUGAGGCAGUAAGCAGAUGAUGAAAUAAAACUUUCUUGCUAGCUUGCGGUUCUGUAAGUGAUUUGAGUCUAUCCUGUACGAGAAGCUGCUUGAAUGUGGCAGUGGUGUACUAUGCAUGGAGCAUGGACAGCUCUGGACAUUUGCAAGUACAUAUCUUCUGCAAUAGUGAGUUAGUGGUGGAUUUAUAGUGGACCAUCCACACAUACAUCAUUCAGCUUUAUUAGUUACUCUGUAGUGCUUCCCCGAUGUUAACACAUCAUUGCCCUGCGGAGGGGCACACUUGCGGUAUAGAAUAACUUGCGCUGUAGAAUAACAAAAGUGGGACAAAAAAACACUCUUCUGUUUAUUUCACACCUUGCUAAUCAGUUGGGUGCUAUCCCAUCCUCUUUUGCUUAUUGCUAAUUGCAGCACCUGACCACGCUAAAUAAAGAUAUUAUACUGCUUGGCUUAAAAUAAGCUGUUGAAGGAGAGAGGAAGGAUGAGAGGACAGAAUGGUAGGAUUUAACUUUGGUUUAAAGUAGGGAUGGGGAACCUGUGGUCUUGCAGAUGUUGCUGGACUACAACUCCCAUCAUCCCUAGCAAUUGGCUAUGCUCCCUGAGGCUGGUAGGUAUUGGAGUCCAACAACAGCUGGAGGGCCACAGAUUCCCCAUCUUGUAUCAGUCAAUGCAGAACUUAAAUGUGUUUGCCCAGCUGGAUUAAAUUACUAUCCCCUCUUCUUUUGCUCUUAAAAAUCUCCUAACAUGUAACCUGAGUAAGGAGUUGACUGCCAGGUGUGGGUCCUGAUUUGGGAAGUGAACCAGCAAGGUGAAUGGGAGGUGUGAUGGAGAGAAUGCCCCAGGUUCCCUCUGUUGGUCUGUCAUUUUGACAGCUGUAGUCUUAAUAAUUCAUGUCAUUUCAAAGCACACGAGUAAAUGUUGCAAAGCACUCUUAGGUAACACGGGACUUCCUAUGCCGUCUCUUGGAACAGUAAGAGAGACAAUGAUAGAUCCUUUUGUAUUCUGGGUGAAUUAUUCACAUAAAGACUUUUUUAAUGGUUUUGAAUUUUUGAAAAGGAAGAGCUUUGGCAUGUAGCCUUCAAUCUGCUUAAUAGGUAUUUUUUUAGAUUAUUGCCAGAGACCGGGGGGGGGGCAGCAUUUUAAAUUGCAACAUAUGCUCACUCCAACUUCAGUGUCUUGUGGUAUCCUUUCCUAUUUUCUCCAUAAGCUUCUUUAACAAAAGAUGAGCCUAGCAACUUGGGGUUCAGGGUAGCAGUACUCUGGUAGCACAAGUGAGCCUAGUCACUCUGUGUUCUGGGUAACAGUGAUGCUUCCUGGAUCCUCCCUCUCAGCUGAAUUCAUCUAGAAACCUUAACGGCACUCUCACUCUGUCCUUUGCUUGGGAUUAUGAGGUUUUCCAUGGGGUGGCAGCAGUGCCAGCCCUACCAUUGGGCAGAGUGAGGUAAGCUAGUUUUCUCUGGCUUUCCUAGCUUAGCCUUGUGCCUUAGUACAAUGGAGGAAGUUGUUGCAUUACCAGUGAGAUUCACCUGUCUCCGUUCAGUCAAAUUCUUUUGUAUGUGAACUGGGGAGAGGGGGGUUGACAGAGAGAAGGGGGACAUCCAAUGAAGCCAAGUCUUGGUAAAUUCAGGACAAGCCAAAGAAAGUACUACUUCAUGCAGCACAUUGAAAUUCCUUCCUCCAAGGUCUAGUGAUGGCCAGCAACUUGCACAACUUUAAAGAAGGAGUAAAAACAUCAUGGGGGAAUAAGGCUAUCAACGGCUGCUAACCCUGAUGGAUAUAUUCUGCCUCCACUGUCAGGGGUGGUAUGUAUUUGGAGUGUUAGCUGGUGAGAUUCACAAAUGCAGAGGGCUUCUCACAGGCUUCUGGUCGGGCACAGUGAGAACAGAAUGCUGGACUGGCCCUGCAGAGCUGCUCUUGCAUUCUGAUGACAGGCCCUCUCUGUUUCAGUUGCCUUUGAGCAUCAUUUGGUGGAAAGAUGGGGUGCAAAUACAAAUAUAUUAUGGAAGAGUGAGGGAUGGAGUUUUCUUCCUCAAGGACAACUCCUUUUCUGCACCCAGUUCUGUGCUCCAGUACAUAGCCUGGGAAUCACCAUGUGAAGGCACAAGCGUUCAAAGGAUUUCACUAGCUUGAAAUAUACCACCCGCUGUGCUGAUGAGUUGCUGUAGCUAGGCGAUCGCAUGGAGGCAGGCAGGCAAGCUUUUGGCAGGGUGUCACGAGAUAGGAAUGAUUUACUGCCACAUUUUUACUGCUGUGUCUUUGUGACAUCUAAGCAAUAAAAGAUAAGUUGGCAUGCCUCUCUGGGGAUGUUGCAGCUUAUCUCUUGGAACCGUGUGCACCUGGGUAUGCAGAGCUUUCGUUGAUUAUGCACACGUGCGCAACGUGGUUCCUGCUCUAACAGCAUGUCCUCGGCCCAUUUCUUCAGUGAGUGCUUUCUUGAAACCAAUCCUCUUUCACUCUUUGUUCUCCCUCUAGGCCAGAGGUAGCCAAUGUUGUGCCCUUUCUGGCCACUCUGGCUAGACUGAUGGGAGUUGGGAUCUGAUGGGAGCAGGUUAAAUAGAAGACACCCAAUGAAGCAACAUCUGGAGGGCACUGUGUUUAAGGUGUUGCCUAGUCCCAAACUGAAGGAUUAUCAAAUCACACCUUUCUGAACAACUGAAGCCAUGCAUUUGCAAGUUAGAAAAGCACUGCUGGAUCAGACCAAGCUGGUUCCAUCUAAUCCAGUCUCUUGGAUUAUUGGAUGAUUGGCCCGUCAGGUGCCCCCAAGAUCCUCCCCCCUGCAAAAAAGGCUCAGCAAAUUUGCCCAGCAAUCACAAUGGGUAGAUCACAUCCAGUAUUUUUAUACUGUGAGUAGAUCACAGUCUUUUAGGAGUUGGACAUGCCUGCAGUAGACCAUCCUUGCCUUUAGUUGGUUUCCCCCAGCAGUUGGCAUUCACCUGGAUGUUUUUAUUUAGCUCUUGCGGCUACUUCCUGUCAAUUUCAUAUUUUCAUGAGAGCCGCUGCUGCCUCUUAUCAGAUUGCACUUGCGUAAAUAUCAUUUCCUGUCCUCUUGUUGUGCAAGAUCCCUAAAGUAUAGUGUUUACUGUCUGUUUGCUCUCCUGCCCUGGUUUCCUUGCUCUGCAUUCAAUGUUGUUUCCCUGGCCAGAAAAAAUAAGGCUCCUUCAUUUUCCGGGAAAACAUACAUACACACACACAGAGAGAGAGAGAGCGUGCUGUGUCUCCACCUUUGCCAAACGCUUCUCAGUGUUUGUUGCUAUUCUGGAAUCUUGCACCCUGCACAUAUCCCAAGGCUGUUCUGCCUCUGGCCUGUGUCAUGCAUGCCACACCGGAGGCAAAACACACCUCGCCGUGGAUGGAGAGCAGCUUCAGUAUUGUGCCUUCUAGCAGACAUCCACUUCCUUUCUGCUCAGUGAGUGUUGUAUCUCUCCCAUCAGUCAAAGUGCUGGGCAGAUGACAGCACAUGCCCAGAUGACCAGCUUCAUUGGCUAGGAAUUGGGGGAGGGCUGUUAGUGCAGGAAGCAAACCAGGUUUUGCACACCAGGCGAAGACAAGCCCACACCUUCUCUUGUGUGUACAGCAGCAUAAAAAAAUCACCUACUUGAAAUGCAGCAGGGGGGAACGACCUUGUUGUUUUAAGCCACUAAUGUGCACAUAGCCCUGAUCUCCCUGGUUCUAGUCCAGCAGUGCAACCACAGUUGUUUCUAUUCAUGGGGCAAUCAAAAGUAAACAAACAAAAUGUCCUGGUAACUUCUAUGCCUCCUCAUCCCAGAAGAGCCAAAGGGAUGAAAAUCAUGUCCUUUGGUUGCUCCCACAGCCAUUGACACUUCCAUGCCCCAAGUGGCAUUGCAAUAAUCUCUGGUGAUGCGAUGGUUGCGAAAAUGUUUUAAUGCUUUAGAACCUCUAGUGUGAUGGUCAUGAUACGCUUCCUGGUCUGAGGUUUUAAGUGUUUUCCACUGAAUGCUUGCAAAACAAAUAUGCCCGACACACCCAAGACCACAAGCCGUGGCAUCCGCAUUCCUGGCAGAUGUCAAAAGAAGACAAAAAGAGAUUUUCCUAACCCAGAUACCACAAGAUUACUCCCCCCUGGUUGCUUUGGAUCUAGAGACAAUUCUAAGAGUCGUGAUGCGAUAGGGAACUUGCUCCCACACAUGGCAGUAAUGGCCAUCAACCUAGAUGAAAGAGGAGUAGGCAAAUUCAUGAUGGCUACUAGCAAAGAUGUCUAUGCUCUGCCUCCAAGGUUGGAUUCAACAAAGCUUCUGAAUGCCAGUGGCUGGAAACUACAGGAGGGGAAGAGUGCUUUUGUGCUUGGAUGCUGCAUGUGGGUUUCUCACAAGUACCUGGUUGGCCACUGUGAGAACAGGAUGCUGGCCUGAUCCAGCAUGGCUUAAUCUCUGUUUUAUGUUAGGGAAAGGGCUUCCCACGUAUUCUUGUUUUUUGUGGACACUAGUAUAAUCUGGCGAAGUCCCCACUUAGUAUCUGUACUCUGCAUAACUGGCUGUGCUGGAGGCAAGCAGCCUUAGGUAAGGUGCAGUUGCUGUCUUUGGUAGAGAUCUGUAGGGCAAGGGUGGCUAACCUGAGACAUGUAGUUCAGCAACACCUGGAGGGUCCCUACUAUAUGGUGUUCAUAAUUCUACACAAAUACAGAAAGAAGGGCAGGAUUUAGUUUUGGGCUGCAGAUUUGGCUUCCCCCUAAAAAAACCCACCACCCUAGGUUAUUACAUUUAAAGAGUAAGAGUGGUAACUAACACUAAGUAACAUCUCCUGUCAGAGCAAGGAUUUUGGCUUGUGCAAGAGGGCUUCCCUUCCUUCACCCCCUAAAUUUGUUCUAGUGGUUCCCCCAACUCUCUGGACUAGAUUGGGGGAAGUAUAGGGGGAGGAGACAUGGGGAAGAUGGAGUCCUAUUGUGCAAAACAGAAAUCAUUGCACUGACAGAAUGGGUCCCCUAGAUACUGCCCUGAGCUUCCAGCUGUUAAGAAAAAUCCCUGGAAGUGAUUGACAGUAUGUGGGAAAGAAUUAUGGUGACGUAGAAGCCAGAGAGGAAGCAGUACGUGGUUUCAGUUGUUCAGGAGUCAUGAUACUUUUUUACAUCUCCAAAGUCUAGAAACAGCAUUAUUAAAAUUGCUGGCUCAUAUUUCUCCUUCCAAACUGAAUGAGCAACACAAUAAUAAAAGCAAAGCAAAGUAAAGCAUCGUGUCCUAAUUUGUGUAAUUUGAUAGCUUUCACAAUAAAUGGAUAUUUCCACCACAUGCAAAAGAAAAAAAGGAAACCAUUUUUUUUUUUAGCUUGCAUCCUCUUCAACAGCCAUGGCCUGAAGCAGCAAAUGUGGAAGCUUUGCUGAAUCUAAGUGGGGCCCUGCUUAGCAGGGCUGCCUGGAAACACUGUAUAGUUCUCAUUGAGCUUCUCAAGGAUUGUGGGGCUAUGAAGGUUAGAAAUAAUUAAAUCAAGCCGUUUAGUACCUCCUUUACAAGGUAGAUUUUAACAUCUUACACCCUAUGCUCCAAACUCUGAGAAGCGUAUCUUUCUUUCAUGGGUGGCGUCAGGUUUGAAGGUUCUCUAAACAAGGACCCCCUGAUGUUUUUCUUCAACCAGUGAGCUGUAUUUGUUGGUUUUAUUUGGUGGCAGCAGUGAGGUAGCACUUUGAGCAGUACCAAGCAGCUGAGUCUAGCCUUCGUUUUCAUUUCCCAUAAUGGUUCCCAGCGUGGUGGCACUGCAGGGCAUUAUGGGAAAUAGUGGCCCUAGAGCAGAAUUAAUUUUAAAGGGCCCCUCAGUGGUGGGCCUUGUUGGCGGCCCAGCAACUGCCCACGGAUGCUGGGUGCCAGCACCAGCUCUGCUUCUUUCUCUGAAGGGAACUAGGCGAACAGAUGCAUUCUCUCUUCAGCAGAAAAUCCUUCACCUCUCCUUGAGUCUUUAUCCCUCUCCAAGGGCUGCUACUAGGAGGCUGACGCACAGCUGCCUGGCUCUUUAUUUUGGCACGUUGAAGGGGGAGGGGUUGAAAACACUUCCAGAGUCUCAUCAUGUUAGCUAUGGGCUAUCUUUUUUAUUUCCAAGGCCGCUUCAGUAUAGGGGGUGUGGGUGUGGGAAAGAGAGAGAGAAUGUGAGUGUGAAUGUGUGUGAGAGAUAGAAACUGAAUGACAGCAAACAUAAAAUCAGAAAUCUAAUCUUUCCCUGGCGAAGUUAAACUGCCUUAGUGUCAAAUAUCAAAUAAUCCUUUUUGGCUGCUGAUUAAUGAGUGAGUGGCCUCUGUGGAGGUUUGACUCUCUUAUAGAGCUGGGCAGAUCUUUGCUCAGCAUCCAAGCCUUGUAGGGAUGGGAUGCUUCUAGCAUGGCCUCCACAGCUCAGUGGUAGAGUACUUGCUUUGCAUGCAGAAGGACCCAGGUUCAAUCCAUGGCCUCUCCUGUUUGAAGGAUCUGGUUUUUCAAAACACCCUUCUCUUCCUGAGAGCCUGGGAAGAUUCUGCAGUUUGGAGGAGGCUCGAUGAACUGUUAGCCUGACCAAAUCUAAGGUUUCUGAAAGAUUAUUUCCCCCAUGAAGCUCGCUGUGUGACUUUGGGUUAGUCAUUAUCUUGGAGCCUAACCUUCCCUUCAGGGUUGUUCUGUGAAUCUAUGCGGGGAAAACGGGGAAGGAAGAAUCCAUAUAUGCCAGCCGACUUGAGCCCUUUGUAGAAAGGCACACUAUAAGUAUGAUUAAUAAAUGAAUAAAGUACUUCCAGGCUACUUGGAAACCUGGACUCUGACCCACAUAUAUCUAAGGCACCUUUCCAAAGAUAAAAUGGAAUAUUUGUGCACUUAACAGCUAAAAUGUUGGGGAAUGAAGGUAUUCAUAAAGGAAGGGGGUAUUCCAGCAGAGAGCAGCAAAACAGCCACACCUCAGUUGCUGGGUCUGGGGGUACAGCUGCCUCUUGGAUUUAGGGCAGGGGGCAUUUUGCCUUCAGCCCAGAGCCUGGAUCUGUGUGGCGGAAAUGACAAGCUUCAUUUCCCAAUGUGUUCGGGGGACCGUGUUAGAUUGCAUCAUGCCAUGCCCAAAUGAAGUUAAGAAUUGACCGGCUGCCUCUUCAUUUCCUGCCCUGAUGGCAACUAAUUAUUUUUAUUAGCCUAUAAAGUUCCAUGGCCAGAUAGAAAUGGGAAGCGGGCUGCCUGCCUCGCUUUUCUUCUUCCACAGCUGCAGCUUUUAUUAAUUUCCCAGAGGAAGAAAAGGUAUGAUGCGUGUAAGGAUAGAAGGCAGAUAGCGGAGCAUCACUGAAUAAAAAUAAAUGAGGAAGGUGGAUUCUUCUCCUGUUUAUGUUGAGGGAUAUUGCGAGUAAGUGCUGGAGAAAUUGUUCUGUAUGGGGCUCAGAGGUACUUCAGAUUCCAUGUAGAAGACAGAGAUGAACAUAAGAAGAGCUUGCUGGAUCUGGCCAGUGGCCCAUCUUAGGCCAGCAACCUGUUCCCACAGUGGCUGACCCAUAUAUCUCCCUUCUCACCCUCUCAGGUGCUACGAUCGGCAGAGGGGGCCCUCUUGGUAGUUCCUGUGAAGCUGGGUGGUGGUGAUGGCCCAGGAGAGUGCAUUCUCUGGGCAGCCCCAAAGUUGUGGAACUCUUUCCCUACUGGGAUGCGCCUGGCACCUUCACUGUACAGUUUUCGCCAAAUGCCUUUGACACUUGAGAGGUAUAUUUUCAGGACUCGCCCUAUUCUUGUGAUUGUAAUUUGUUUUAAUGUUGUAUUUUAAAUUGUUGUGGCCCACCCACCCUGGAACAAGCCCUAGAAUUCCCUGGGAAGAGGGUUGACAGUUAAAUCACUCUGGAAUUGUAGCUCUGUGAGGGGAAUAGGGGUUCUCUUAACAACUCUCAGCCUUUAAUGUAAAUUGCAGAUGUGACUUAAGUCUCCUUCGGUGUUUUUGUUUGUUUGUUUGAAGAUUCCUCAGCUCCUAUUCUUCUCCUUCCCACUUUCUACCUUCACAUCAUGUGUUUAAAGCACUAUUAUACCACUUUAACACUCAUGGCUCCCCCCCCCCAAAGGAUGCUGAGAGUUGUUUUAGGAGAGCCCCAUUCCCUUCAUGGAGCUGCAGUUCUCAAGAGUGUUUCAUCAAUCUCCCCCUUCCCAGCGGGACUCUGGAAGCACAGAGGGGAAAAGGGGUCUCUCUCUGGUCACAAGGCUGCAGGCAAGAUAAAUCAAGCCUGCUCUUGAAUUUCACCCAGAAGAAGGAAGCAGGUAGUGAUAGGAUUUUAUUCUUCUUCCCCCCCCCCCCCCCGCCUUUGUUAAAUGUCACUGAAUAUGAGUCACCAGGAGUAUAAUUUUCCCUUUCUGACGUAGAUGCAGCAGAUUUCUCUGCAGAAUCUCCCUCCUGCAAAAUGAGAGGCUGCUGUGUUUGCAUUCAAAGCUGUAUGCUCAUGCUGUGUUGAUCCCCUGGGCUUAGCAUGGAGAUGCCGUUCCUCCUUGUAAGUUGAAAGCUGGCGUGUGUGUGUGUGUGUGUGUGUGUGUGUGUGUGUGGAAUUUUGGGCCAGCUGGGCUGAACAGACUGCAGGAGGAUCAACAGUGCUUGCAGCCUGCUUUGUAUGUAGGGGCUGCCCCCAACCUGCUUAUCUCAUGAGGGGGCAGGUCUACUGGUGAGCCCCUGCCCCCUCCAAGCACACCAACUGGGGUGUGUGUUUGUGUGUUCAGGUUCCCUCAUUCCCACAAUUACAGCAGCUGUGGUCCCCCCCCCCCCAGUGGUGGUUUUCCAGCAAUUGGAUCAGCUUCCUAUAAAGGCAUCCAAGGUGGAAACUUCAAUUCAGAAAAACCUCACAUAAGUCUUGCAGAGCAGAGAAUCCAAUAGUUGCCCUCCUUGUUCCCUAAGCAAUUGUGUAAGGUGCUAGGAAUGUCAGAAUAUUCCUUCAGAAACGGAAAUGUUAGCAGACAUUGCUGAAGUUUUCAUGUUCAUUAAAGGUCAGGAAUGGCAAUCUUGCAAGCGAAUAUAAGUGGUAUUUCAUAGAAUGGUAGAAUUGGAAGGGACCACAAUGCUCAUCUAGUCCAACCCCCUGCAAUGCAGGAAUCCUUUGCCCAGCGUGAGGCUCCAACCCAUGACCCUGAGAUUAGGAUUCUCAUGCUCUACUGCCCGAGCUAUCCCAGCUGCUAGUUUGCUAUCCCAGCUAUCCCUACUGCUGAUUUGAUUAGUGCUCCAUAAGCAAUAUUUUCUGCAUUGUUUGGACGAUUCACUUUCAUGAAAUUAAGUUGUAACUAAUUACAUCAUUAACUACUUUCAUUUCAACCGUAGCAGAUAGCAAAGUGAAUCACAAAGGUUUUGCCAGAAGCUGAACUGUAGCGGAAUGGAAACACCACUGGUUGCAGCUAAGACAGGACAGGACAGAAAUCACUACACCCCUAAGGGUAGGAGUGCUUUCUGUCUUGGCUGGCAUUUCAGUAUUGCACAUGUGGCCAUAUGUUCUGGCGUACACUUUAAUACAGGGUGAGUCCUUUAAAGAGGCCCCGUGAAUACAGAGUACACAUGUUUCACGGGGCCUCUUUUAAAAGACUCGCCCUGUAUUCCUCAUGUUCAGCUCAUAACAUUCCUGUAUGGUAGGCCACUAUUCUCUAGGGAAUAGGGAGAAAUACAGUUUAGUUCACAUUUUGCUAAGCCUACCUAAUUUGCAUUUCCAACAAUAAUAUGUGAACCGAAAGGCACUUGUCCUUCAGACUUUGCAUUUCUCCAAAUUUUGCAGUGCAUGCUGUUUUCCAGCCAAACAAGUGUGUAAAGAAAUGUGUGUUUAUGGGGAAAGUCUGAAUAGAAUAUGAUAUAUAUAUAUAUAUAUAUAUAUAUAUAUAUAUAUAUACACACACACACAGUACAAAAAUGUAUUGUACAGUAUUAGUGGAAAUUACUUGCAAUAUUGUGUAUAUUAGGAAGAAUUGCAUAUACAAAUGUCUUAAAAGGGUAGAGAUAAAGGACCCCUGACAGUUACUAGAACAAAUGAGCACUAAAAUGCUGGCAAUUCUGCCCUCCCCAGAAAAAUUGCAAAUUGAUGUGGAAAUGUGAUGGGUUUAACCUAAGACUGUGAAAAAUGAUAAACUGUGAGGAAUUGAAAUUGGACAGAUUCAUCCAUUUUGCAGAUGGGAAACUGAGGCUGAGACUUGCCCAACCUCACAUGUUGAGUCCUUGGCCACAGUGAAGACUGGUCGAGGUCUCCCAUAUCUGAAUUUGUUCACCGUAUUGCAGGAACAUAAGUGUUUAUAUUACUCCCCCUUUCCCUUCACCAUAAAAAGACUUGCCUCUUGAGGAUAGCCCUUUUAUGUUUUAGAGUUAUGUGGCAGAAAUGGGCCGUGGAGCCAAAUGCCAGGAAAGGCAGCUCACCCACUGGCUUAUUUUAGAGUUAGCAAUGCAUCUGCCUCGCUCCAUUGAUCUGCGCGGGAGCAAACUGCCUGGAGACUCGUGCAAAGUGGUCCUUUGCUCCAAAGGAGAAUAGAGAUGUAUUUGCCGGCAACACAACUUAGUGCAUUCAGAGGAACUGUUGUAAAGCAUCUCCUGCAAAAAAGAAAGAAAAAAAGGUUGUGGAGGUAGUGGCUGGGAGAAACCCCUGAGCAUUGAUCUUGCCACUAAAGAGAGGCUGAGCACUGUCUCCUGCCAUCCCCAGGCAGUCCAUUGGCCAUGCACUGCUGGCUCAUUGGAGAUCAUAAGAGGCGGGGGAAACAGCUGACCUAUUGGGACUAGGGAGGGCGUGUGUGGGUGUGCGUGUGGCUCCCUUGGCAAUAAGGUGCACAAGGACUGCGAUGUGCACCACACUCCAGCGACGAAUGGAUGGUGAUGGUUGAGUUUCUCAGCGAGCUGCACUGAAAUUCUCCUCCUCUUUCCCUCCUUCCUUGUCUCAGCUGAAGUUCAAGUGACUUUUAUUUGUGUGUGUGCAUGAACACACAUCUUCUGAGUCUUUCUUUUUCUGACAGCAAGUGGAUGAGCAGGUAAUCUUGUCGGUCUUUACUGCGUAGGGCUUGUUGUGCAAGAUAACGGGAGGUUUGUGCUGUGCUUUUAAGUUCUCGUAAAGCUCCAAGGGGUGCUUAAUUCAGGACACAUUUCUUGGGCUUCAGGCUGUGUGAAUUUCAUUCCUGCUGCCUUUCAUAGGUGUUGGAGAUUUCAGAGAUGCGCAAGGCGGUUGUGCCUGCAGUUAUUAUGGAAAGCUGAUUAAAUGGAAGAUGACUAGCUUUCUGCAAUACUUGCAGUGCUCUGUAUUCAGAGGUCUCCUUCACAGGCUUCGUCCUGUUUUUGCCAGUUGAAGAAAUUAUGCCUCAGUAACUCUUGCAUUCCUUAUCAGCACUUUGGUAUCUAAAGCUCUGGGAUUAUAGACCAAAUGAAAGUGUUUUAUGCAAAAUAAAGUAUUCCAUUGAUGAUGUACAGAAUUUGUGUGAACUCCUUCUCUCAAAUCUGCUUCGGGUUUUAUAUUUACCCUUUUAUUAUUCUUCCCUUUCUUUCUUCCCCAGUUCUUCUGUAUUAUAUAUCACCCUCACUUUUACCUUCUUUGCAAAUACUUACUGUGUUUUUAUUUGAGUUUAUUGACUAUUUUGCCGCCAUAAUUCAUGGUGCAGGGAUUGAUUUCCACUGGCUGGUUCACUUUCCAGGGUCUUUGAGAUGGCCUGUGUUUUCUGGAGAAUUGUGGGGGGCUGGGAUGCUCUUUUGGGGGUUUUUAGGAACUGAAAUUCCUUGACGGAUGUGUCUUAAUUGCACUUCAUUCUCCUUUUCCUCCACGCCCUGUUCAGUCAAGCAUGCUGGCUAUAUUAUCAUUUGAAUAUAUUUGUUUUUGUUUCUUUUUGGAAGAUGCAACAAAAGCUAUUAAUACCAGUUAAACAAAAACACACUGGCUGUAUGAGAGAAUGGAGUUUCAGGGUGCAAGUGUUUUGCAUGGGGUGCUUCUCAGGGCUGAAGGAGAAAGUGCCGUUUCGAGAUGCUUGGCUCAUCACCUGCUGAAAUUGCUGGAUUCAUCUUCAUGGCUUUUCAAGUUGAAGGAGGGCUCACAUCCUGUCAGAAGCAAAUAACAGGUUCCCUGGAGCUAGCAGCUGCUGUGUUGAGUCUUUGCAGUGCUGCUGCUGCUCGGCCCCUCGUUCCACAGGAAGGGGUGCAAUUAUAUGUAAUGAGGACACAUCACAGAGAAAGGGAGGGUGCUGGUGGUAAUAUGGGGCCUGCCAAGUGGAGGGAGGUGAGAGGCCGGAGCCCAGCUGGGAAAAUAAUAUAUUGCAGUUGACUUGGGAGGGAAUAAUUUUUGGUUCUUAAAGCAGGCUUGCUCUUUUUACAGCAAGCAGCUGCAAGUGCCACAGGAGCAGGAGCACCUGCGGGAAAACCGCUGGUGAGCAGCAAAAAAUUAGGUAGAAGGGAAGGGUGGGCGUUAGGAAGGGAAUAGUUUGGGUCUUUGGGCACUUCUCCAUAUAUGUAAAAGAUGGUGAAGUGCAGGCUUGUAAGGCCUUGUGGAAAUCAGAUCUUGCUUUUCACUCCUGGAUUCUGGAAACAAAUGCUUUUUCUCCAUUCCCCUCCUGGGCUGACAUUAAGGAUCUAUGACCUUCCCAGAUGUUGUUGGACUACAACUCUCAUCAUGCCUUGGCUAGCAUGGGUGAUGGUCAGGGACGAUGGGAGCUGCAGUCCAAUAACAUCUUCAGAGCUACGGAUUCCCUGUCUUUGAGUCAUAGGUUGUGCACACACCAUAUGUUUAAGGCACAUUCCCCAAACCCACCCAGAGUCAUGGGAAUUAUACUUUGCCCCUCAUGGAGCUACAGUUCCCAGCACCCUUAAAACUACAGUUCACUGGAUUCUAGGGGUGGGGUAGAGAAUGUGAAAUACAUGCUGUGUAAGCAGCCAUAGUGAGUAAAUUGGCCUGUCGGAGAGGUGAGACCCAAAUCCAAGCCUCUCAGCUGCACAUUAUGUACAUUUCCGACGGGCAUAUCAGCCGCCCUUUUGGAUUAGAUCAUUCUUAAAGCUGCUCUUCAUCCUGCAGUGUUUCAGCUUUCAUUUGGCACCCGUCUAUAUUGAGCAUCUGCUGAUGACAGAGCUGUGAACGUGAGAAGUUUAAAGUUAGAAGCUUUCCAGGGCAAAGUCCCCCCCCCCCCGAACUUAGCAGGGUGUAACAGGGUGGAUAAAGUCAUAGCAAGGAUUAUUUGGUGACACCUUCUCUUGCAGAGGUCCCUCUGUCCACUGUCGGCCAAUCAGCCAGCUCAUUCUGAAGAAUGCUAAGAACUUAAGAAGAUCCUUGCAGUUGGAUCCGUCAAAGCCCCAUCUAGUCCAGCAUCCGGUUCUCAUAGUGGUCAACCUGAUGCACCAGCAGGAAACCUGCAAGCAGGACUCAGUUGUGCAACAGCAUUCUUGUGAUUCCCAGCAGCUGCUUUCAACAAUGGAGAUAGAACAUAGCCAUCAUGCCAGUAGCCAUUGAAAUCCUCCUCCUCCACCACCACAAAUUAUUCUAAUUCUCUUUUAAAGUCAUCCAAGUUGGUGGACAUCACUACCUCUAAUGGGAGCAAAUUCCAUGCUUUUACCAUGCAACUGUGUACUUUCUGUUGGCAGUCCUGAAUCUUCCAACAUUGAGGUUACCACUUCUGCCUACAUGCACCAGUCGGUUAGCUUGGGCUCCCUUUUUAUCGCCAUGUAGGGCACAAAUGUGCUUCCGGGUUUUUUUACAGCAUAAUUAUGCACAUUGCGCGCACAGCCUGAGCUGAACGGAGGCCAUUCGUUCUGCUUAGGAUGCCUGGCAUUCUUUUUGAAGUUGCCAUCUUGGGGAAAGAGGAUGGGAGAAAAGACCCAUUUAAAUACAGGUUGUGAAGGAAGAGAGACAGCUUAAAUUGCAGCUGUUGUGCUUGUGAUACAGAGUCCCAUCUCACUCUUUUCUGCCCUGUCGCCUUCCCUCCUUGCAGCAGGGUCUUCUGUAACUCAAGGUUUAACAAAGCUGGGAAGUGGAGAAAGAGAGAGAGGAAAAAUCCUGCAGCCAGGAGGAUCGAGACAAGAGUCAGUGCCCAAGCCAGGGACCGAGAUGGGGAGCCUCUGAAGAACCCUUCCCAACCUUGGACCCUCCAGGAGUUCUGAACUAGAACGCUCAUCAGCCCCAGCCAGCUCUGCAGGUUGGGUUACUGGGUUUUGGAAAAGCCUUUUUGGUGUUAUCUCUAAUCUUGGUCAUUCACUGAACUCAAAUAAUAAUAAUAAUAAUAAUAAUAAUAAUAAUAAUAAUAAUAAUAAAUUUUAUUUAUAUCCCGCCCUCCCCAGCCGAAGCUGGGCUCAGGGCGGCUAACAACAAUCAAAUAAUCAAACAAUCAAAUAAUCAAAUCUUGUUCUGCCCCUUAUGGGACCAGCAAAGUUUAGGAUGUGGGUCUUUCCAAGAAUCUAAUGCAACACAGAAUGGUUGUUACAGGCCAAACUGAACACAAUCAUUUUCUAUAUAAACAGGCGCUAUGCUAUGUCAGGCCUCCAGCUGCUCACACAGGGGGAGGCUGUGUCACAGACAGUUAAAGCUUUAAACGUGCAUUCAAUGAUGUAGUUAUUUGACAGUGUCCCCGCUUUGUUUUCUUUCUCAUAUGAGACAGGUGUAUGCAUGUAACACCCUACAGGGUUUGUUGAAGUUGAACAGUGGUGUUUUAUUAUGAAACAUUCUACCCAAAAAAGAAGCAGCAGCCUUUCCAACCUGGCACCCUCCAGGGGUUUUGAGCUACAACUCCCAUCAACCCCAGUCAGCACUGCAGGGUGGGGAAGGCCACUGUACGUAAAGACUAAGAGUUACUGCCUUCUCAUGCAUUCCUGUGUGAGUCAUUGUGGGGCUAAGUAAAACAAGGACCACCCAUUUCUGUAAAGCUUCCUCAUCUAUAAGCAGCUUUGACUCGCCACAGGCGACCAGGGGAGUGACUAUGGUACAAGUCCAAAAUUUACAAGGAAAAUGUAGUGCCUACAUACUGGUUGGCCAUUAUGAGAUCAGGAUGCUGGACCAGAUGGGCCCAUUGGCCUGAUCCAGUAGGCUCUUCUUAUAUUUUUACUGAUUUUACUGUAGAGGGGAGAAGAAGUGAGGCAAACUGUAAGCAAUCGUGGUGUAGCUUUUGGGUCUCACAGGCAAUAUAUGAAUGGUUGGGUUUGGACCAUGCGACUUCAGAUUGCAGGCAGGAUCACAUUUGGUUGAAUGCUAAUCUUCAUAAAUAAAUAUUUCCUGCAUGUAGAAAGGUAACUCAUCAGGAGGAAAGGUUCUAGCAUAUCCCUUUCCCUCUGACAUGCAUAUUUUUGACAAACUGGUGAGGCUGUGAUGCGACAUUGACAAAGCUGUGUUCAUUUUGGGGUUACCCUGUGAAAAAUGGGAUUCUGAACUGGACCCCUGAAUUCAUCCUUAAUAGAUGUACAGCCUUUAUUUUAACACCCCGUGCACAAAAACAAAUCAAGUAUUUAGUUCUCAAGGCUGCAGAAUCCAGCUUCAAAGUGUAUGAGCAAAAUUUGCUGGAAUCUUGCAAGGGGGAGGAAGGAGGCAGCUGCCAUGGCCUAAUGAUCUGCAAAAUAAAUUAUGCAAAACAUGCUUGCUUGUUAAUUUGAAUAUUUUUUGCAGAUUGCAGAAUUUAGACUUAAGAGGAGGAAUUUUUGUGUUCUAAGUCCUGUUUUAAAAAGGUUUAUUGAAUUCCUUUACUAAUCCCUUGACGUCUCCAUAAAGAUUGUGUUUCUGCUGGUUUGGCGCCACAUUUAAUGCCAUGGCUGAUCACUCUGGAACCCUGCAGCUGGGUCAGCAAGUUUUCAAAUCCUUAGUACAGAAACUGGUGGUGGUUGGAGCCAUUGCGGUUUUUUCACAUUGUGUUUGAUUUUAAGAAACUCUGGCGUGGGUGGCAGGUUCUCAUUGCUCUGUUAAGAAGAUGCAGCUUCCUUGCAGGCAUUGAUCAGGUGUACUACUAAUGGGGGUGACUCCAGCUUCUGCCCUUUCCUGGAAAACAUCCAGAGCUUCAGCUGGUAUUUUCCUUAACUAUCUGGGCUAAUUCGGUGUCAGUCUUGGUUGGGCUCUGCGUCCUUAACCCCAGAUAUGCAGUCAAUUAGCUGAUUACAGAGGAGUCGCCUGUUUUAAUUAUUUCAGCUGCUCAAAGCUGUCUUCCGGUUACCAUUUUGGAAAGCUGCUGUUGCUGUAAUGAAGAAAUGUGUGACUCUGGAUUUCGUUGUAAAUUGCUUUGCUACCUUAGGUAUAAGGUACAUUUUAAGACUCGCCUGCCAGGUCAUCUAACCCCAUAGAUAUGCCCACCUCAACCUCUUUGAUCUGCAGAACUAGUGCAGUGCCACAUAAUACUUGUUCCUCAUUUGUUAAAAAAACCAAUGUUUUAAUGUGGCUGCACCUACACUUUGGAACUCCCUGCCUAUUGAUAUCAGGCAGGCAUCUUCACUAUGCCCCUUUUUUUUAAAUGAUAUUUAUUAAAGUUUCCAAUAAAAAGAACACAUAAAUACACAAUUCAAAAAUACACAAUACAUAAUCCAAAAAAGAAAAAAAGAACAAAAAACAAAAGACAAAAAAAAAACAGUUAAAAACAAUAUCACCUUUUCAUCUCCAUUUACUUAUUUUCUGGACCUCCUCAUACCUCCCUCUUUUGUAUUCCAGUUCAAAUUGUUUGUCCAGCAAUUUCUUUCCCUCUUUUUUUAAUCCCAAUCUUUAAUCUUAAUAUAAUAUAACAUUAAAAUUUUACCUCUUAAAAACCAAGUUUCCAUUUCCUUAAACUUUUUUAAUCCUAAUCCUUAAUCUUAAACUAUCUAUAACUUUAAAUCCUGUACAGCUGGAAGCCACUUAUUUUCAAUCCAACAUCACUCUAGCAUUCUUUAAUUUUACAAUGUUUCUGCAGAUAGUCUUUGAAUUUCUUCCAAUCUUCCUCCACCGACUCUUCUCCCUGGUCACGGAUUCUACCAGUCAUUUCCGCCAGUUCCAUAUAGUCCAUCAGUUUCAUCUGCCAUUCCUCCAGUGUGGGAAGCUCUUGUGUCUUCCAAUACUUUGCAAUGAGUAUUCUUGCUGCUGUUGUUGCGUACAUAAAGAAAGUUCUAUCCUUUUUUACCACCAUUUGGCGGACUAUGUCCAGGAGAAAGGCCUCUGGUUUCUUAGGGAAGGUAUAUUUGAAUACCUUUUUUAAUUCAUUAUAUAUCAUUUCCCAGAAAGCCUUAAUCUUUGGGCACGUCCACCAAAGGUGAAAAAAUGUACCUUCAGUUUCUUUACAUUUCCAACAUUUAUUAUCGGGCAAAUGAUAGAUUUUUGCAAGCUUGACUGGAGUUAUGUACCACCUGUAUAUCAUUUUCAUAAUAUUCUCUCUUAAGGCAUUACAUGCCGUAAAUUUCAUACCUGUGGUCCAUAACUGUUCCCAGUCAGCGAACAUAAUGUUGUGUCCAACGUCUUGUGCCCAUUUAAUCAUAGCCGAUUUUACCGUUUCAUCCUGAGUGUUCCAUUUCAGCAGCAAGUUAUACAUUCUUGACAAAUUCUUAGCUUUGGGUUCUAACAAUUCAGUUUCUAAUUUUGAUUUUUCCACCUGGAAGCCAAUUUUCUUGUCCAAUUUAAAUGCCUCCAUUAUCUGAAAAUAAUGAAGCCAGUCUCGCACUUUGUUUUUUAGUUUUUCAAAACUCUGCAAUUUCAGUCUAUCUCCAUCUUGUUCCAAAAUUUCCCAAUAUUUCGGCCAUUUGACCUCCAUAUUGAGCUUUUUCAAGGCUUUCGCUUCCAUUGGUGACAGCCACCUUGGGGUUUUGUUUUCUAAUAAAUCCUUGUAUCUUAUCCAAACAUUAAACAGCGCUUUCCUGACAAUGUGGUUUUUAAAUACUUUAUGUGCUUUGACCUUAUCAUACCAUAGAUAUGCAUGCCAUCCAAAUACAUUGUUAAAACCUUCUAGGUCCAAAAUGUCAGUGUUUUCAAGAAGCAGCCAUUCUUUCAACCAGCAAAAAGCUGCUGAUUCAUAGUAAAGUUUGAGGUCUGGCAGGGCAAAUCCACCUCUUUCCUUUGCAUCCGUUAGUAUCUUAAAUUUUAUUCUGGGCUUCUUGCCCUGCCAGACAAAUCUAGAAAUAUCUUUCUGCCACCUCUUGAAACAAUCCAUUUUGUCCACAAUUUGCAAAGUUUGAAACAAAAACAACAUUCUAGGCAAUACAUUCAUUUUUAUCGCAGCAAUACGGCCCAGCAGUGAAAGCUUCAAAUUUGACCAAAUUUCUAAAUCUUUUUUCACUUCAGCCCAACAUUUUUCAUAAUUAUCUUUAAAUAAAUUCCCAUUUUUGCUGUCAUGUUGAUCCCCAGGUAUUUCACUUUCUUAACCACAGUCAAACCUGUCUCAUUCUGAAACCUCUCUCUUUCAAUCGGUGUUAAAUUUUUCUCUAAAACCUUAGUUUUUAACUUGUUCAAUUUAAAUCCUGCCACUUGACCAAAUUCUUGAAUCAGUUCUAAAACCCUUUUAGUACUAGAUUCUGGCUCCUGUAACGUCAGUACUAAGUCAUCUGCAAAUGCUCUUAGUUUGUACUGUUUGGCUCCGACCUGUAUACCAACCGGUCCCUUCUAAUCAUAUUCAGCAAAACCUCCAGGACACUAUGCCCUUUUCAGUGCCUGCAUUUAGGCAAGUCUGUCCAGAUAUGUAACAAUUAGCUUAUUGUUUGUUUUAAUUACUUUUGCAUGUUUAAAAUAGUUGUUUUUAAUUUGUUUUUACUUACAAUUUAUUUGUUUUAUUUUUGUAAUUAAUUUAAGGUUUUAUUUGGGGGGGUUAACAGUCAAGCAGCAUAUAAUUUUUUUGAAAUAAAUAAAGUAAAUCAGACCAUUUGUUGGAAGAAUGUGAAAACAUCUCGCUGUUGUUUGAAGUCUUGGGAUCAGCUGAUGCAGUUUGGGAGAUGAGGCAUACAGGGGUUGGUUUUGCAAUGGAUGUGGGCCAGGAUUGCUGCUGAGCCAAUAGAACAGGGAUGGAGAGGGACACAUUCCCUUGGGGGCUUCCUUUUGGGGGAGUGGGGGCAUAUGCCAGGGGUGGGCAGGGCCCAGAGGUAUAUAUGAGCAGAGCAGUGGGCGUGACACUUACAGAAGGUCCACGCAGUGUAGUGGUUAGUGUGUUGGACUAGGAACUGGGUGACCAGGGCUCAGAUCCCCACUCAGCAGUGAAAUGUGCAUUGGGCCAAUCAGUCUCUUGGCCUAACCUACCUCACAGGGUUGUUGAGAGGAUGAAAUGGAGAUGGAGGAGAACCAUGUAUGCCGCCUUGAGCUCCUUGGAGCAAAGGUGGGAUGUAAAUGUAAAAAUAAACUAAAAUAGGCUACAUUCUUGCCAUGCAAAAGCCAGAGAUUUCAACACUCCCCCCCCCCCCACAAAUGUACAUGCUCGUCUCUUUGUUCUCCACCCAGUUCCCCACAUCUGCUCUGAGAUCCUUGGCACAAGAGUGGAAAGCCAGAGUAUAUUAAAAUAAUUGGUGAAGUGGAGAGUCUUAACAGCACUUUGGACAGCUCCUGCAGUAUUUUUUUUUUUUUUUGGCAGUAUUUGUUCGAAGCAUAACAAAGUGCAAGUAACAAGUAAAAGGACUCUCUCUCUCUCUCCCCCUCCCCCCCCCCUUAGCAUAGGGAUAAAGUUGACUCCAUCUAAAGUACAGUCCAACUUGUCAACUCUUUGCUUAGCUCAAGGUAUUGAAGCUUAAGGUCUGGCCAAUCUGCUGGAGGAGCCACCAAGAACCCCUCUUGGCUAUCUGGCCUGAGUGCUGAAAGACAGAAGGCUCACUGUGCUACAAUUUGGAUGCAUCCCGAGCAGAACUUUGUCUUUCAUAGAUCCUGAAACUAAACUUGGCACUUCUCCUGCAGUCUUGCAGACUCAUUCUUUAAACAUUCUUAUAAGCACUGAACUGAUUCAGUUGCACCCUAAUUAACUAAGUGCAGUUUGCAAGGGGAGGAGGGGGAGCAACAACUGUGAAGGACACCUUGAAACGGGAUUUAUGAAGUAAGGCAGGUUCAUUUUUGCAUCUUCUAGUCAUUUGAUGAAAAUAAUAUGGCAGUAUUUUAUUUAUUUGUCUCUAUAGAGCUAGCAUGAGGUAGUGGUGUUGGGAUGGGGGACAUUUUGGCUCCGUGGAGCUGUUCCUUAUUAGGAUGGGCCUCAGGGGCCAAAUUUGACAGGAGGGUGGGGUUGCUCACAUGUCAUUCACCUGGUGUCACAAAGGCGUCAGGUGAUUUGGCACUUUGAGUCCUAGAGUGCUUGCUGAAACAGAGGAAAAGCCCUUUUUUAAGCUUGCAAAAGCCCUUCCUCAUCAGGAAGGAAUUUGCUCUGAAUCCUGCAAAACUGAGCAGGAAUUAACCUUAAAAUCACACAAACCUUAAACAUUAGCUAAUGGGGGGAUUUAACCUGCUAUAGGGAACUGUUGCGCAGAGCCAGUGCAGAAUUGAAUGCCACCCACAUGCCCAUUGGAGUGGCAUCGGCUGAUUCAGAGGUGGGCAUGGUUUUGAGAAAAAGGACUCAUGGGCUAAGUUGUAACCCCUGCUGGGCCAAGGCUGGUCCUUGGGCCAGAGGAUGACCACCCCAACUCUAGUGUUUUGACCUUGACUCAGAACCUCUGCAUUUUUAACCACGCAGAGCUCCACACAAAAAUGGUCUCAGGCCUUGAAUUGCUGCAAAGCUUGGCCUUCAGAAUUUUUGACAAAGGAAAGCAUGUGCAGGACUUUAAAGCCUGCAAAAUUUUACAUGGUUUGGGAAAUGCGAUCUACUCAGGAGCCUAUUGAUCAAGACUAUUGGGUCUGGGGAGAUAGGAAAUCUUUUGCAAGCUCAGACUGCAGCUUAUGCGGGGAAAUGCUGUUUAAGUAAGUGCAACGCAAUCUUGGAUGCGUGCCUUCAGAAACAAAAAACAAAAAAGUAUUUCUGUAUAAUUGCAGUCAUCCCCCCCCUUUUUCAAAAAAAGCAUAUGCCUGUAAGUGGUUCAAUGGAUUCUAAUCAAGAGAGACUGUUUUAAAGAGGCUGCUUUGCUCCUAAGCACUCCAUAAAAGUUUGUUCUGUCUCCAUACUUAAUUGCAUUAAACAAAUGACAUUUGCCAGCCCUGGGAGGGAAGUUUCAAUCUGCAUUAAACUUAACUCAUAAUUUAAGUGUUCAUCAAGUGGCCAAAUGCCCUAUUCAUUCUUUCCCUGGGCCGCCGUGGAAGUCCUUGUCUGGAAUAGUAAGUCAAAAUAUGUGGCAGGGGUUGCCAAAUUUUCUGUGCAGUUACAAUGUGUGGCUCUUGCUGCUGAGAUUAUUGUUGAUAAGCAGAGUUUAAUAAUUAAUUAUUGAUAAUGAGUUGCUCUGUGUUUGCUUUUUUUCAGAUGCCUUGAAAGAGCCUAGGAUAAGGAGUAGGCUUUGGUUGGAAGUAUACCAAUCACAGGCUCUGUAUUCUUCUGCUCGUCUCCCAAUGGCCUUCACAUUUUCCUGAUAGCGAAAUUAAGCCACACCCUCCGCACCCGAUCCAUGGUAUUAGGCCCCUUGAGCCAUAGAGGCCAUGAAUGUCCCUGUGGGGAACCUCAUUGACUUUGACUCCGAACCUUCCACCACCGACACCUCCGAAUCCGUCCCUGCCGCUCCUCCCUCCACCAAUGGCAACGGGCUGCUGGAUCACCUGGCGGGCGGCACGGCCGCAGUGGCGGAAGAGAGCGACGCGACGGAAUCUGCCGACAGCGAGAACGACACAACGGACUCGCCCACCCAUCACAGCUGGAACAACCACCGCCGCUCCUCCUCGGAGUCCUACUCAUCUAACCAGAGCACAGAGUCCGCCAAGGACGAAGUGACAGCAGAGCAACGGGAGUUCAUCAGGCAGUACGUGGAGAAGAUCUUCACGGGAGGGUGAGUGUUUGAGCAGCAGGAUGCUGUGAGCAGGUGCAUGCUGGGGUUGUGGGAUCGUUGGCCAACUCUCUCCCUGCAGGAGGUCCCCAGUUCUUUUUUUACACUGCAACUCCCAUCAGCCCCAGCCAGCGUGACCAUUGUUCAGGGAUGCUGGGAAUUGCAGUCCAAAACAUCUUGAGAGGCACCAUGUUGGGGAAGGCUGCCAUAGAGCUUCUUUGAGCUUUACGUUGCUCAGACCAAUCCAGAGCAACCUUAAAUGUAAUCUAGGCAACCAUUCCCCAUUUCCCCAGAUUCACCCCCUCAAAGACUUCAUUUGCUGGCUAAAGUACCAGGUUUUUCUACCAUGACGCCAGUUUCCAACUUGUAAGAUGGAAAUAAACAGCCAGUAUUAUAUCCAGUCAGAGUAGACCUACGUAAAUUAAUCAGUCAAUGUUAGUUGUGUCUCCUGUUUUUUAAUGGCGCUCCUCUGUGUAGGACUAACUCAGGGUACAAUCCAGUGCACCCCAGAGGGUGCUGGUGGGCAAAUGUUUUGUAAGGCCAGGAACCUGAAUUUCUUUCAUUGCAUCCUCUUUGCAGAAAGAGGGGGAAGACAGCUUGUGCUGGAUCCUUCACUCCCGCCCUGCCCCCCCCCCCGGUGCAGCAAGCCCCCUUCCCCCCUCUGUGUUCCCGUUGAAAAGAAAUGUUGGCUGGCUGUGACACAUCUCUCCCACUGAGUCAUGCUUCUCUCUCGACUUAACAAUUGCUGCCUGGGGACUUUGGGGCUGCAUCACCCAGAUGCAGAGUGGAGGCUUCAGCUGCUGCAGCUGAUGUUGACUCUCUCCGUGUGUGUGCUUUUAAACAAUUCCAUUUAAUUUAAGCAGUUUAGCAAAUCUGCCGUGACUCACCGUGGCCCAAAUUAAAACGAUUUGAAUGUCAGCACUGGGGGCAAGUGCCUUUCCGUUUGCUCCCUCCCUGCUCUGCUGCGUGGCCAGUUUGGGGAUCAGACCCCAGAAGGAAUGUUCUUGUGCAAAACUGACAUUGGCAGCUUGCAUAAUCUCCGUUCACAGUUGAAUGUUGCCACUUGGCGAGGUGGCCUGCCCCCUGCAUGCAAAAAGAGAAGAAUGGCAAUGCUCGAAAUCAAAAGCCUCAAAUCCUUUGUUAGUCUUGCUACACGUUUAAUAAAAAUAAAUAAAUAAACUGGGGGGGGGGGGCGCAUAACCCUUUUCAACCUGAGGGUCAUAUUCCCUUCUGGGCAAUCUUCUGGGGGUUGCGUGCCAGUGGCAGGCGUGAGUGGAGGGUAAAAGUGGGCAGGGCAAUGAAUGUCAAAGUCGCUUUUGUGUACUAGGUUAGUCUCUGCACAAAUUCAUGCACCCCUCCCUACCCUCCAUCCGUGGAAGCAAGAGGCAUCAGCAGAGUUCAAGGACAAAAUCCAGCCUGGCAAAAACACUCAGGGAAGGUGCAAAGUAGAGCCAGUGAGGGGAGAAGUGGUGUGGCCUGGGGAGACUUCCAAGGGGUCCCCUACUCCUGCUCAAAAGGAUGAUUUAUUGACAUGUGUUAAUUCCCUGUUGGCUCCUGAUAAAGAAUAUUGGUGCACUUUCAGACUGGUAAGAGCUGAAGCAGUUUACUUGAAUUUAUUUCCCCUACCCCAAGUUCACUUUUCAUUACGUACUUUUUUCUUCCUCCUCUAAAGUUCUGCCUCCCCCUCCAUUUAGUACAUUGAGCCAAACGAGUUUAGUGCCACCUGGUGGCUGAAGGCAAAACCACAAUUCAACAGGAAACCACUGCGUUUCCCCUAGUUUUGUCGCAAGUCGUAACAUAAAGGAGAAACCAGAAGAAAAAGAGCAAAUGGCAACAGCAAAAUAAAAGAGGACAGUGAUGCUCUGCACAUACAAAAUCAGAUAAAAUUUGUGUGGAGGAUGGAUUUCAUAGGCAGCCGCAAAUCCAAUCAAGAGUGAGGCACAAUGGCAGAUUUACAAGCACAAAGAAACCAAUGGUCCUUUCUCUUGUGCAUGUUGAUCUGCCAUCAUUGUGAGGCACACCUAAGCAUCUUUUUUGCAUACACAACAUCCCUGCUUCAAUCCCUAGCAUCUCCAGGUAGGACUGGGAAUGCCACUGCUGCCAGUCAGUGUCGACAGAACUGAGCUAGAGGGAUCAAUCGCCUGACUCAGUAGAAGGCGGCUACUUAUGUAUUUGAAGGUGUAGAAACUAUUGCGCUUUUAAAUGAAAGUGAAAAAUGAAAUGUUCCUGUAUUCCUUGUGACAGCCUUGCAAGGUAGGCUAGUAAUGACACUAAGCUCCUAAAUUAGAAAGUAAGCUCAUUGGUCAAGGCUUAUAGUACACCUAGUUUUUAUGCUUAUUACUAUUAUUACUACAUUGCAGAGUGGUGACACUUGAGAGCUGGCAGAGAUUUGCCUACGGCCCCCUGGCAAUUCUUGCCUGCAGUGAGAUUUGCUUUGGGGACUUGCCAGCUUAUAGUCUCAGCCCUCUGCAUCACACUUAGUGCCAACUUGUUUUGUUUUGUAUCUUUGUGAUUCCAGAGAGGAAUUUGACCAAGAGGAGAAAGCCAAGUUUGGAGAACUCUGCAGUGGGGAGAAUGCAAAAGGCAGGGAAUGGUUUGCCAGAUACGUGAGCGCUCAGGUAAGGAGACGUUCAGGGUGCAACUCUGGCUGGUGUGGAUUGUGCGCUCUUGAGGCCCUUUGCUUUUUGUGCUUGCAUGUGCCUCUUGACACCUGAUCACACAAUCAAAAUAGUGGGCCCUAUUCCUAGUGGAAUGCACAGGGCAUUCCAGGCCAUUUCAGAGUCACCUUUUGCUUUAUUGCAUUGCUGUAUUCCUACAUGGAACAGUCUCAUCUGCAUACCAUCAUUUUAAAAACCCUGUAUAGGGUGAAACUUUUUCCAGGUCAAACAGAAGCCAGAUUUGCACAACUUCCUGAUUGGCUAGACCUUAUAUCAGUGGCAAAGCUACCUCCUCCCUUCUCAGAGCAAGGCUGUGCCACCAGGCUGAUUGGCCAGCUCUUGCAAAGGCACCUUCUGAGAACAGCUUUUGAACCAUGACAAGCACUCAGAGGGAAGAAAAAAUGGAAAGCAAAGCAGAUGGCCUGCCUUAAAGCUUAGGCUGGAGAUGCCUGUUGACCCAGAGGCUGUAUGUGCAACAACAGAGGAGCAGAGCUGUUUCCUCCACAGCCAAAAAAAAUGUAGAACGGCGGCCCUACAUCUGUUUCUAGGUACAUCUGUUUCUAGGUACAUCUGUACCCAGUCUUAACACUCUUGACUUUCCCUGUUUCCUCACAGCGCUGCAAUUCCAAGUGUGUCUCGGAGCAGACUUUCUAUCGACUGGUGCAGUCCUUUGCCGUGGUCCUCUUUGAGUGAGUAACAGCAGGCGUCGGCAUGGAGGCCACAGGGUCUUCUGCCUUUACAGCAGGGGGUGGGGAACUGAAUCCAACUGGCAGGUGGGAUUCUUCCUUCCUCCACCUCUCCCCGCAAGCCACCUUGGACAGUUGAGUGGGGCUGAUGAGAGGUGUAGCUCAAAACAUCUGGAGGGCAUCAUGGUGGCGAUGGUUGCUCUAACCACUGCACCACUUGGGCAACUGGAGAUGAAUUGCACAUGGCUGUGAUCCAUGCAGCUCUCCGUAAAAGCCAUGCAUAGACCCACCUGGAUGUUCUUCAGUGCUGGCAGCGAAGGCUGGUCUAUGUACACCACCUUGAGAUCCUUGGAAGAUAAAGGUGAUAAAUAAUAAUAAUAAUAAUAAUAAAAUUUAUUUAUAUCCCACCCUCGCCAGCCGAAUCCGGGCUUAGGGCGGCUAACAACAAUAACAUAGUGCAACAUUCUAAAAUCAUUUCAUUCUAAAAUUAAUUCAAAUCAAAAUGAUGGCAACCAUUGGGCUAGAGUUCUGUGAAGAUUGCCAAGGAGGGAGUCAGGCUGUGCCCUGGCCAAAGGCCUGGUGGAACAGCUCUGUCUUGCAGGCCCUGCAGAAAGAUGUCAAGUCCCGCAGGGCCCUAGUCUCUUGUGACAGAGCGUUCCACCAGAUCGGAGCCACAGCUGGAAAAGCCCUGGCUCUAGUUGAGGCCAGCCUAACCUCUCUGUGGCCUGGGACCUUCAAGAUGUUUUUGUUUGAAGAUCAUAAGUUCCUCUGUGGGACAUACCAGGAGAGGCGGUCCCGUAGGUACGAGGGUCCUAGGCCGUAUAAUAAAUGAAAUGAAUAAAUAUUAGGGAGAAUGGGCACUGCCCCACUGAAUUCCAUUUGCCUUCAGCCAGCAUCCACUGGCCUUCCUUCCUGUUUACAAUAUAUCCAAGGGGUGGCCCUGGCAGUCUGCUUCCUCCUCCUUAGUCUCAGUGUUGCCCUUGUAGAACGCAGCACGGAAGAGAACGGGGGGAAACUGGAAUUAGUUGGUUCUGCCCACUCCACUGUUGGACUCCCUACAUUCGGCCCCAUGGACACUAAUCACCACUGAGUGUUGCUCUGUUUCUUCUUUAUAUUUCAGCAACUUUAUUCUUUCCUUUUUUUCAGGUGUUACCAGAUGGAUGAUUUCAGCCCUGCUAAGAACUUGAUGACCAUGUGCUUUACCUAUUACUAUAUUGGUAAGGGGCAGUUCCUUCUUGCUGAAAUUUCUUUGUGGAGUGAGAAAAUGUGCUGGGGCAAUUUGUUCGUCUUCAGCAAAGGAGCAAGAAUACCUUGCAAGAAGCAUCUCUAUAGGAAUAGCAUCCUGGGAGUCGUUUGUGAGAACCUCCGAAUGGUGAAGCAAUCCUUUGCAUUUGACCCACCAUUGCACCCAAUGUGUUUUGAUUACACACAAUUUUGGCUUUGGGCACAAUCCCCAGAAUGUAACAUCUGCAUAAGUUGCAGGCUUACUAUAAGGUUUCAGAAAUAGAUGAGAGCCAGGAAGCAUAAUGAUUUUUAGCUUCUUGUUGGUUGCUUCCAUGUUACCAACCAUGUGUCCUGGUUUUCGACAUCCAUUUUUAAGUGUGACACUAAUCACUGAGGGCUAGUAUCUUGCUUUUUAGUUAAAAAGCAAAAACUUAGGGUGGGGGAAAGAGAACAAAGAUCGAGCAUUGAUCUUUAGGAGGAGUGGUGCUCCUUUAAGUCAGGAGUGGGGACCACUUUUUUUAGCUCAAGGGCCACAUUCACUUAUGAGCAACCUUAAGGGAGCCCUAUGCCAGAGGUGCAUGAGGCCAGAGGCUAAAGUGGGUGGAGCAUCAGGUAUUAUUCUUACCUUGCUGCAUUGAAAAGUCUGACCCAAACACCUGUCUUCCAUCUGGGCAAGCAAUGGACAUUGUUACAAUUCAAGAACACAUUCCAGUCAGGAAAAUGCUCUUGAGGAGAGCACGGAGCAGGGCCUGGGAGCGGUGAGUUCUGAGGGCCAGAUCGAGAGGGCUGGAGGGCCACAUUCGACCCGCGGGCCUCAGGUCCCCUGCCUUACUCCCUCUGUUUCUCUUUCCUGCUCCCUGGUUGCAUUUUGGUAGGUAAGCCCCAAGCGCUGCCCAUCGAGUCCAAGGAGAAGCCCACUGGCAGCAUUGACUCCUACCUGAAGUCCGCAAACAGCUGGCUGGCUGAGAAGAAGGACAUUGCGGAGCGGCUCCUGAAGAACACGUCGGCGAAGACGGAGAAUGUGAAAGGCUUCUUUGGGAGCUUUGAAAGCAAGCUAAAGGGGCCCGGGCCCAAGAAAGCUGAGUGAGUCCAGUUCUAGGGGCAGCCGGAUUUCCCCUGCACUGUGUUGAGACCAUCCACAGCUCCUUUAGUGGAGGCACAAACCCAGACCUGGCUUAGGUACCCCUGAGCACCACUGCCUCUGCUCUACUCAAGAUAGUCUUGUUUAUAUGCCGCUAUCGGUCUUGGUCGUCCCAGGAACAUAGGAAGCUGCCUUGUGCAGGAUUGGCAGUGGCUGUCCAGGAUUUUAGACUGCAGCUUUUGUCUGUCUCCCCUAGCCCUACCUGGAGAGACUGGGGAUUGAACCUGGGACCUUGUGCACACAGAGCAGAUGCUCUGCCACUGAGCUACGGCCCUUUCCCGCUUUAUUAAUUAACUGGUUGAUUCAAAGUCACCCACCCCACCCCCUUUUAGGGCAAGUCUUCAUAGCAGGCUAACUCGGCUUCAUCUGUGUUGUAGUAAGACUAUACUUCUAAGCAAUUCAUAGAACAAACUACUUGCAGUGCUUCCAAACUCCCUCCCAAAAUGAUGUAAUGUUUAACUGAAUAGUACCUGUGUGUUUGCUUCUAGGGAUGAUGAAGGCAAACCAAGAGAGAGAAUCCACAAAUCAGGUAAGCAGCAAUAAUAAUAUGUCUAUGCUGUUGUUGUUUAAAAAUCUGUUUCUAAUGCUCAUAGAGAACAGGUGUUUCAGCUUCUGGAGAGCUGGGAUACCUGGCAGGAAUCUAAGGCACUGUCUGGUCUUUAUCUGAAGACUGUGUAGAUGUGUAUGCACAAAUCCACCCCAAAUAUCAAAUAUCUCCCCUUUGCAGUUUCCCUGUACAGUCCUGAAGAGGAGGAAGAAAAAAUAGGAGAGAAGAUCUACCUGUACAUGCACCUGAAACAACAGCCCAUCUGGUAAGAGCAAGUUCAAUAGGAUGACUGGGGCACUGCCCCACCAAUCUAAGCGUGUCCUCAGCCAACCCCCACCUGCCUGCCUUCUUACUUACAGCCAACCAACCUGGUGCAGCCUGUCAGCUCCCCCAUUUGUUAGUCUCAGUCAGGGGUGCCAACUUGAAUAAAAUAUUGGGUAAGCCCCGCUCCACAUAAUCACAAGAUGCGGUGCAUGCACACCAUUUGAAUAGCAAUGCCCAUGAUUUGGGGGGGGCAGCAUCCUCAAAUAUUUUAUGGGGGGCAAAGGGACCUCAACCCCUAGGAGUUGUAGAACCCAGCAGGGAGGAGGAGGAGGAGGAUGGGGCCUAAACUAGAAUGAGUUGUCUCUGCCUUUCACUGGCUCUGGCGCCAUCUACUGUUGGCCUCCCUGCCUUCUGCCUCACCUGUCUCAGUGAGCACCAGCCACCACUGGUAUAACCUUAUUAUCCUGAGCCAGCUGCACUCCUGAGCAGGGCAUUGAAGCAGGGGAGCCACCUAGCGUGCCCAGCCAUAGCCCUCUCUGGCAGAAACCACCCCAUUCCUUCCCACUUCCUAGCCACAUUCACGAAAACAUACCCUGCAGUUGAUACAGGCUCAACACACACACACGCACAUCAUUUCCUCCCCUGUUCCCUAGGCAUACCCUGAGGUUUUGGAAUGCGGCUUUCUUCGACGCGGUUCACUGUGAGAGGCGGAAACGGUCUCCCACCACUAGGUAGGACUUCGCAGCUUCUUCUUCUUUCUUUUUUUUCACAGGAGAAAGGAAGUGGGGGACACGAGGGGUGGAGGAGAAUAGGUCACAGUGCUGAAAAAGACUGCCUUUUUUUGUACACAAAUGGUUUAUUUUUCUGCUGUUCUCCCACUUGUCAAGCAGGCCAAUGGAGCUUUUAAAGUUCUGCUAAUUUGAUGCAAGACUGGGUUUAUAUUCUGUAGGGAGGAAGCUUUUCUUCCCCAGCCCUUGGAAGUCAUCCCCAGGGUUUUAGAGAAGCAGAAACCACCCAGCAAAUGCAGUUUGAUAACAACAUCCAAGGGGGAGUCUGCCAGGCAAGAGCUUAAGGAAAGGGCAGAGUACUCCCUUUCCCCCCUUCCUGCUCUCAUGUUGCUUUGUUGGGUUGGGGAGGUUGAAAACAACUAAUUUCUCUCUUUCUCUUUCUUGACGUCUUUAAUCUUUUCUUUUCUUUUUCUGGUCAAUUCUUUCACACUUCCUCUCUCUCUCCAUCCAUACUUCUUGCAUGACCUUAACAUGUAACCUUCUGUUGACCCUUUCUGCUGCCACUCCAGAGGGAAUGCUGGAGAGGAAGAGGAAACGAGGUGUGUCUGUCCGCAUUUACUUUCUUACCUUUUUAUGCCAAAGGCUCAUUUUGGGUCCAAAACCUGCCACCGUAGUUGCACAGUAUUCAGCCCAGCGCUGCAAAUCCCACUAGUGUACCCUUCCCCAACCUGGUGCCCUCCAAGAUAUUGUUGGACUAUUGCUUUCAUCCUCCUUCACCAUUGACCAUCCCUGCUGGGCUUGCUGGGAGUUAUAGUUCAGACACAUCUGGAGGGCCACAGGUUGGGGAAAGCCUGCUUUCCAAGGUAUAUCUCUAAGCACAUCAAAGCGGUUUUGAAAGGAGUGUUCCUUGUUCGUUUCAGUGCCUGCAACAGCAGGACAAAAUCUAAUAUGGAUGCUGAACCGAUUCAGAAGCAGUGGGAGCCUACCACAAACCACUUUUGAGUCUCUUUAAAAAUAAAAAUAAAACAGUCUACGUUCUGUCUCCCAGCCAGAGUUUGCCAUGCUGCCAAUAUAUUAUACAUUGCUUGAUUAUGAUGCACAGCUUCUGUAUCAAUGCCGUAUAAAGCAGCUUGAGAAAAGCCUCUGGGCACGGUGAACUGCUUAAGUGAGUCUGUUUUUCUCUCGCCAUUUUCUGUGUCAGCAGCUGUGGUAAGUUUUUGGACACAGGGGCCCCUUCCAGUCUCUGAGGAGUUCUAGAUGUAAACGUUCUACUUUGACCUUCCCCCUUGCUUUGAUUUCCUCCUGCUUUCGAUGCCUCUGUGGAAUGCUGCUGCUGCUGCUUGAGAAUCUCUUCUCUUUCCUUCCCUGUCCAUUCCUCUUUGAUCAUCUGGAUUUAAGUACCUGCUUUCUGUGUUGUUUCUGCCCCUCUCUCAUUUGUUAUUGUCAUGCUUAAUUUUGCCUGUUUUAUACCAUACCAGGUGGUGGUUUUUUUGUGCGGAGCCUGAUUGAGAUGGGGGUGGUGGUUUGCUUUACAUGCAUCUGGAGCAGCUGUUCCAAAUGGUAAAUGGUCACUGUGCAUAUGCACUCUUGCCAUGGUCUCAGAGGACAGCGCCACCGGAUUUGUUCUUGAUGCGGACCUCUUGGGUGCCUCCAGGCUGUCCCUAUUUUGGGGGAAGGAUUCUAGAGCAUUCAGGAAAUGUAGGUUUUUGCAAUCAAAGCAGAUUAAAGUGCUCUGCCUCCCUAGCACAGGUGUGGGGAACCUACAGCCUUCCAGAUGUUGCUGAAUGACUCCCAUUAGCCCCUGCAAGAGUGGCCAGUUGGAGUUCAGAAACAUUUGGAAGGCCAAAGGGUCCUUAGACAUGCCCUAGCAUGACAAAUCCUCUUUAAAAAAAUGAUUAAAAGGAAGACAUGUAAACGCCCUGCAAGCAAAUUAGGACAAAUGCUCAGUCAAUGGGUCAUCUGAAAGUGGUCCUUGAACUGUUGGCCUGAGAGAUGACAGGCAGGGAUUUCUCCUGCGCACCUUUGCCUCGCUCUGGCAAACGAUCUGGGGAAUUGCAAGGUGAGGGAGCCACCAAAGAAGCUACUGUGCCCUGAAAGGCCCCUGUGAGUCAGCUGAUACUCCUUGACCCCUGUGAAUGGAUGACCAGCUAGGAGACUUGGCUAAGCCAAAGAAUGUCCUCUGCAUUUGCCUUGCCUCAACCUUGACCCUUGGCACAUCUGUUCCCUGUGAGGAUUGAUUCAGGGAUACACUCUUGAAUUGCCUGCCAAGAAAUCCCUCUGCCACUCUGUCUUCAUAUCCAGCAUGACUCCGCCUUUUUAAUUUCUCUUGUUUUCUUUUUAUUUGCUGCUGUUGCUGCUUCUCCUCCCAUUGACUUCCUUCUUCCUGUAUUUCCCUGCCUCCCCUUUUCCUCCUGUUGACAUAUGGUCGGCUUCAGCCAACAUCCUAUUUUUCCUAAAAGGACAAGCAUCUGAGGGCUGAUCUGUGGUGAAAUCAAGUGGCAGAAUCCUCCUUACAUUGUGCCCUUGUCAUGUGGGGGAGAUGGUGUUUUCUAACACUUCCCUGCUCAAAAAGAAUCCCUGCAUUUAGAAUUCAAUUGUAGACCAGAAUAGGCUUGAUGGACUAGUUUUCUCCAGACCACCUUUUAUUUUAUGUUUUGAUUGGGGGUGUUAAGAAAUGCCACUCCUUCCCCCCCCAACACCCCCCAAAAAGUUUACCAUGUGAUUUUGCUGAAAAUGUAGCUCAACUUUCAGCAACCCCCAUUCUUGAUCACUCUUAACACAUACUUACCCCAUAGGGUUCAGUGAGAAUUUUUGCAUUAACCUGGAGGCAUGCAUUCCCUUGAUUCUUUUUAAGGAUGCAUAAGUGAAAAUCUAGAAUGGAAGGUCAGCAGUUACAUAAGAGAGAUUGCCAUGUUUGAAACUCCCACAUGAGCUGUGCACCCAGAGCUUAAGGAGCCGUGUUGGUUUAAGUGUGCAUGAAUUGACCUACUAGGACCAAACCAGCAGGAAACUUUCAUUAAGGGAGAGACAUGCAAGAGAGCCUGUGUGGCAUAUUGGUUAGCGUUUUGGACUAGCACCUGAGGGACCAGGGUUCAAAUCCCCACUCGGCCAUGAAGCCUGCUAGGUGACCUUCAGCCAGUCACUGCUUUGCAGCCUUAAGGGUGAGAUAUAAAUGCAAUAAAAGCAAAUAAAUUAAGGACACAUGGAGUUCUGACUGCUGCAUCCCCAAAGCAAAGUAUUGACAGAAGAAGGGAAAAGAUCAGAGAAGGUGCCGUGAGGACUGUCUGACUAUAAAGAUAAAUAAUUGCACUAAUUUAGCAUUGCAAGCAGACGGUGAGCGGGAGAGGAGACAUCUGUGUGCCUUUACUGAACUGGGCAGGGAGGGUCAUACCCUUAAAAUGAGACAUUCACAUGUAUAAAACAAACUCAGGGCCUUAUCUUCUCAGUCCUCUGGAAGUGCCUGCUACCAGAAGUAGUAGUGACUUAGAAUAUUACUGAGUUUCAAGGGUUAGAAAAACCCAUGGAUCAUUGUAAAUGUGCUGUUAGGUACAUCUCCAGCACUUCCUUAGCAUAUUACUGAUAACUAUACGUUGUAGAGGCUGGGAAGCAGAUGAUUGCAAAGUUAAGAACCCUCUGUUGCAUUGUUGGAAAGUUCACCAAACAGUGCACCCAUGUUAAGCAAAAUUGCUUGCUUUGUGAAUAUAAUGAAAUUGGCUCAGAACACCUUGGUUUUGUGUUGCGUGGCUGUUCCAUGUUCCUCUGCCUCUAAACAAUUUUAUUCUUGUCUGAAAAUGGUAUACCAGUGUGGCAGAAUUUAAGCCUGGGUGAGCUUUUUCUGAAUCCAGUCCCUGCUCUGCUCCUGUUUUGCGGCCUUUGAUACUUUUUCAAAGCCUCAGUUGCCUCCUCUGUGAAAUGGGGUUGGAGUAGUCUCCCUUGUAGGUCUGUAAUGAACAGUAACCCAUAAGAAGGGUGCGAAACUUAGAUGAUAGCUCAAUUUUUUUGUCAGGUUAAUAGAAAUACAGGUGGCGUUCGAACAGGCUUUUAGGAAAACAUUCAGGUUUUACAUGCUUACCUUCUGCCCCCCACCCACAUCCCUUGCUAUAUGUUUGCCUACCUCCUUUGGAGAUACUGACCAAAUUGAAUGUAGAUUCUAAGGUUGGAUGUAGAGUGGCAAUGAUGGUCACAGAUUUAACGACCAAGAGAAAGGUGUGCAUUUGGAGAUUUUAGGUUGUAUCCAAGUACAUUCUACUAAGAAUAGACCCAUUGAAAUUGAUUAAGUUAGUCACGUCCAUUAAUUUCAGUGGAUCUACUCUGAGUAAGAUGGCUGUUACAUACAACCCUUUGGAAGAAGAAGAACCUAAAUGAAACGGAGAUGCAAGCACAUAAGCAAAAUAGAAACUUCAGAAUGAUUCCAGCUUUGGCCCAGCUUCCGUGAUAAAAGCUGCUCUAAUAUAUAAUCUGAAGUUGGCAACAGGCGGCCCAUAUAACAAAACUGGCAUACCAACAUCUGGCACAUGGCCCACUCCUUCACUUCAUCACAAUAACCAAUAUGGAACGGGGAGUGUGUCAAGAGCGUGUUACUGACAUUCCCAGCAUCCUUCCCUCCUCCCAACAAUCCCUAAGGUUUUAGCAGGUUGUGUGUGUGUGUGUUCAUUUUCCUGGUUACAGGAUCUGUCCAUAUGUUUGCAGGGAGAAAUGGUGUCACAUGACCCAAGAGGAGCGAGAUGAUAGUCUGCGGUUUAAUGAAAAUAUCACCUUUGGACAGUUGGGGUAAGCAGAAUGAAACUGGCCUGCUUCUGCAAAAGAACUUCUGUUUGUUUGUUUGUUUGCCUUCCUCCCAAAGGAGUUCAGAGACAUGAUAAAAGCUUUUACUACUUACUAUGCUUAAAAUAAAAAUGUAAAUUACAAUGGUGAUCACGAUAGAUGAUCUUUAGAAAUUUAUACUGCGUGAUGCACAAGAGAGAGAGAUUUUUGUAUAACAUAUCAAUUACAUUUAUUUAAAUCCAGUAAUUUGCAACCUCUUCACCUGUGAGUCCUAGGGCAGGAUUUAUAGAAACCUUCAAAGCUUAAUUAGCAAUCAUGGAAAACUCUAUCAUACAAACAAGGAAGCAGCAAUACAAACCACAAGCCUAAUGUGUGGAUAUCUGGAUGGUGGGGGGAGGCAGGGAAGGAGCCACGCAGCUUUUGCAGGGGGGGGGGAGCACACCUCCACAGCUGCUCUUUGCUUGUGAUGGCCCUACCUGCAUGCAAAGUGUGCAUGAAUGGGGCUUCAGUAUUAUUAUUAUUAUUAUUAUUAUUUAAUCAGUUUUAAAAGGAAUAGGCAGCUUAUGCCCAAGGAAACUCAGCAGACACGUAAGAAGCUGCUUCAUACAAAGUCAGGCUAUUUAUCCAUCAAGUCUCUGAUUGGCAGCCGUAGCUCUGCAGGGGCCUCAGAGAGAGAGUCUUUUCCAUCACCUUCUGUGACCUGAACUUCGUAACUGGAGAUACUGCCAGGAAUUGCAACAGGGACCUUCUGUGGACAAAGCGCGUGUCCUAACAAAAGGCCAUACCCCUUUCUCCCCCACCCCAUUUCUUCUCCCUGCUGCAGUACUUUCACUCACAACAUGUUGGCUUUUGGGCUGAACAAGAAGCUUUGCAACGACUUCUUGAAGAAGCAGGCAGUGAUUGGCAACCUGGAUGAAGGUAGGACCAUGGGUGUGAGGUUGCUGGUGGGGUUCCUUCUGCAAGGAUCACCUCCCAGGGGUCAAAUGGGUGGUGGUGGAAGAAAAUGAAAGCAACUCCAAGUUCAGGCCACUUGCUCUGCCUUAGACUUGAGUGGGGUGGGGGUUGCGGGGAGAUGACCUAGAAUGGCUGCAAAAUAUGAGGGAUUCUUUGCAAAACAGAAAUAGGCUAUAGACAUCACCCCAAAACAUCAAUUUGCAAAUAACAUAGAAAUGAACUCUAAAUUUGUGCUACAUUUCCAGAAGUAGCUUUUACAUUGUGUGAAAGCUAACAUAUAAUGCGGAAAUUAACAAACAAGGGAAAUACUGGAAAAACGGAAUAAGCUGCGUUGUGAAUGCCACCUGAAUCACACCCUCAUUGUUAUUUGCUUCAGUUGCACAUGGGUCUUAAACUCACAAGGAAAAUGAAGAGUGUAUCUUUCUUGGGGAUGCUCUGCAAAAAGAUGUUUGCAUAUGGUUGUUUGUGUUUUGUAUUUUGAUUAUAUGCCAAGCUAAUUUUGCAUACAUGUAUGUGUGUUUAUCUGCGUGUGUACAUUGCAUAAUUUGUUUCUCUUGCUUACAGAGCAGUACAAGCUGCUUAGCGAUCACAUCGAACAAAUGGCUGCAGAAUAGCACCGCUACCUGCCUCCUGCAUUCAGGAACUAAUAGAGAAGAAGCCAGUGGGGAUGCAAUGGUGGAAGAAAGCCUGUCUCUGAGACUACCUGCAAUAUAAAAGAUGGGCUUUUCAAAAAAGCAAAAACUAUACCCAACUGACACUGCGUUAAACCUGCAUGAUCGUCUUCUAACCACGUAGAGCUGCAUCGCGCAGCCCGUUAUAGACGUAGGAGCUCGGCAAUCAAAGCUGCCCGCCCUCUUCUGCUGCCACCUCCCCAUAUGCCUUUUUCACCUGGACUGUGACUGAAUGGAGACCUCUUGGGGGAAUCUUCUGGGUAUGAGGCAGAGUGCAAGUCAGCACGGGAGAGUCCAGCGUGCUCGUAAAGGAGGAAGGCUGAGCUUUGGGGAUAGCCUCUCCCCUCUCUGCUUUCUGCUGAUGAAUUUUUUCUUUUAGCAUCGAAAGUUUACAGAGCAUAAAAAAUAGGUGUGUGCGUGUGCAAGGGAUGCAGAAAGGGGUGGGUAGGAUGGAAGAUAGACACCCUAGUUCCAAUUAUUACUCUAGAAGACUCCUAAAGUGAAUACCAGGAGUUCUGUAGGCCGGGAGGCCAGAUGCAAAUCUUCCUGACGGGGGUUGUAUUUAAGAAGAUGGGCAGGAAAUGGGUGGUUGGGUCAGUGAUUCUGUGUUAGGCUGGAACAGAAGGCCUAGAUCCCCACCACCACCACCUUUACAGUUUUUACAAGUUCUUUCCUGCAGUAUCUUUUGAUGCAGGUUGCUCUGAUCCAGCAAGUAACGUUUUGCUAGGUGUUUUCUGUUUCCCUGGUAGCUGCUCCAUUUGAAAGCGAUUGAAUGUUGCGUUCUGAGGCCAAAGGAAAGGACUGGACCCUGAUUAACAUAAUACACGAGGCUUGACCGGCAAGGAAAAGCAAUUUGAAAGCCCACUACUUUCAAAUGUUCUGAUAGAUCUGCUUUCCUGAAUGGUCAAGGGGAGAGAACAUCCUGGUAUACGCAGCAGCAUAUCUGGCUGGGCUUUGAGUGUGAUCCUUUUGGAGUCUAGGUGUGAUCAAAGCGAAGCCCACAGAAGGAAGUUGCCAAUGCAGACUCUCUCCAGCUGCUCAAGUUUUCGUUAAAUGAAAGAUUAUCAGCAGAGGUGGUAAAUCUUCAGGGUAGCAAGCCUCUUCAGCUUCUGAUUUUGAGAAGAUUGCUCGGAGCCAGCUGUUGCAGUGUUUAUGGAACUCCAACAACCUGUUCGCCAUUUUUUAAAACAACACCAACCAUGAGUCAAUGUCUUUGUGUGAUUCUUGCCAGUGCUGUGGUCUUGGGGGUUGUGAUUCUGUAUCUCACCAAAGUAUCUGGGUUGCAACGAUUGUUCAGAGGAUUCAGUGAGUUGCAUUUUCAGUACUUGACCAACGUUCGCAAGGUUGCUUUGACACCAGUUUGUGGUGUUGAAUGAGCCCAGAUGUGGCUAGGUUGUGUGAACAUGCCAUCGGAUGUACUCUUCCACUAUUUUCAAAGAGCCAGCUAUGGGCACUGGUGCACCAAAGUGUAAGAAUCCUGAACUAACAGUAGCUUAUUGUUCCUUGGUAAAUCUGUUGUUUCUAUAUGGCUAUUGGGGUGCAUCCACAUCACUCACUUGUAAACCAUUUCUGCUCUUUUGGGUUACACUGAAGAAUUUUGGGAGUUGUAGGUCUAUUGAGAAAGUUUAGUCUUUUCUGUUAAGAGACCUCUACCACCUUUUACAGGACUACAGUCCUGUAUUGAUUUAUGUUUCUGGUGUCAAUGCAUCCUCGGUUGCCUUGUUGAAAAUCGCAGUGCAUUGCUUCGGUGUUUUCCAGCAGCGAAAAGUCACGUCAUUUCUGCAGAUUUGGUUCUCAAGUCCCUGCAGUUUCGUUUGAGUCCAGGAGAGGGUGCCAGGGAGCAGGUUUUGGGAUAGAUUUCUUUCUUUUUCGUGUUUCGUUUUGUUUCAUUCUUUGCCAUUUGCUUGAUUCUGGUUAGUAGGUGUGAUUGAAUCAAUGAGCUCUGAUUAGCCAGAGUGAGUUUCUGCAAAGAAUAAAUGAAAACCGAUACAGGGAUCUUGCCCCACCGCAUUUCCAGCGGCUAGCCACGCCCUGCUGCAGCAGGUUCUGAAGCAAAACUGCUUGUCACACCUUGAAGUUAUGAGAUAAGCAGCUUCUCAAAAUUUCUCCCCAUUGUGCACAUGAGCACCUUUCCAGGAUAAGCACCAGCCGUUCUAGAUUUGACAAAGAAGGGAAAAUCCCUUCAUCCCCAUCUCAGGACCUUUACGAGAACUUGUCAGGAACUUCUCCCUAGAAAAGCCAUUCUGCAAGAGAAUAAGAUUAAUGCUGCCUCUCAGGGAGCCACCCUUUUUCCUGUUGCAAAUCAAUGUUUAUUUAAUUCUCACAUCUUAGCUGGUCAUGUUUUUGCAUAACAUGCAGCCCUUUUGGGUUGAGUGAGCUUUAAAAUGACUGGGUGUCCUCAGACCCUUAAUGUGUUCCAGAGUCAGGUUUAAAUAUUUUAUCUGAGUCUUGACAUCUCUCCACUUUAGGUUCUGAGACUCUCAAGUCUAUCCCUGCCAGCCUUUUGUUGGACUACAACUCCCAUCAGCCCCAGACAGUAUUGCCAACGGUCAGAGAUGUUGGGCGUUGUAGUCCAGCAAUAUCUGGAGGGCUUUAUGUUGGGGGAAGGCUGGGUUGGCCUUAGACCAGGGACAUCUGAGUUCGAAUCCCCACUCAAAGCUUAUUGGGUGGGUUACUUGAUCUCCCUUGGAGGCCACUCCAUCAUUUCAAGCCAUUCUGGGAAUUUCUGAGGCAGGGCAGAGUUGACAUUUGGGGAGGGGAGGUGGUACCCCCUGAAAGAGGCUCAGUUUGGCCUAGGAACUAUCACUUGCUAACCACCAGAGUGUGCCAACUCUGUGCCAUGUGAAAGUAACUGCCUGUAGUUCUUUUUUAAUGUCAUCCCCAAAGCCAAGGUUAGCCAGCAUGUCAUACCCUGAUGUUUUGGACUUAAAUACUCAUCAUCUUCUACUAUUGGCCAUGUUGCCAGGGGCUGAUGGGAGUUGUAGUUCCAUGCUGGCUACCCUUGAUAGAACCUUAAAGGGCAGGGCAGAUACAGAACUUCUAGGAUGGCAUAUUAAAUGUAGCUGUAUAACCACUCCGUGUGUACCUUUCUUAACACUGCAGUGCAUUAAGUCUGCAGUGUAAUCUUUCCUACCAAACAUGAGAUUUAAAAGAUUUGACACCCAAGAAAGGAAAAUAUACUCUUUUCUUCCUUUUGGAUUGUGGUGUUUUCUAACUCGCAGCAUUGAAAAAAAGAAAGUGUUGGUUGGCAGAGAGGACAACAUUUUCUGUGGUCCACCUCCUGCCUCUUCUGCUGCCAUCCGGCCCAUGAUGCAAUCAACAUUUUUGGGUUCCAAACAAGGCUUUUGAUGCCAGUGCCUAAUGGGAUGGACUAUGCUUUGGCCCUGCACUUGCUAUAUCUCAGAUGGGCCUUCUCUAAUGCAAUGGUAUUUGAAGGCAUCCAGUAAGUGAUACAUGACCUUAAUUUAGCAAAUACCACAUUAUCACAUUCCAACGGCAUUCGGUCCUUUUGCCAUAUCAUCCUAAGUAACUUUGGUGUGUGUUUUUUAAAAAAGUAGGCUUCAAAGCUAAAAAUGCACCUUGAUAACAGGUAGCCAACAUGAUGCUUUGCAAAUGUUGGACUCCAGCUCUCAUCCACGUCAGCCAUCACCAUGGCAAGUGGUCCAGAAUGAUGGGAGUUGCAGCCCAACACCUUCAGGGCUCCUCAGUGGCUACGUCUGCUGUAUACUCAUUCUGCCACAUCUUAGUUUUUGAAUGUAUUGAUCCAGUGAGUAAAGAUUCCCGCAUCUGGAAGGGCCUCUGCUGACUUGAAUGUCCACAAUGCCUGCGGUGAGGCUGUUUCCUCCUCCUCCUCCAUUUUGCCUUUGGUGAAAAGUUGGUGUGGAUCUUCCACCACAAGCUGGCUUCUGAUUGGUGGAUACAGUUGAAAGCAUUCAAGAAGCAUGUUGAGCAAUAACAUUCCAGGGGUGGCUGCCUGUUGCUUCACCUUGGUUGCUUCCCAAUGAGCAAAACCCAGCAGUAGUGUAAUUUUCUCCCUUUGCAGAUAGGACAAGUGAGAAUCUACUCUCUUGGACAAUCGGCCUGUGUUUUACGGUGGCUUUUGCCUGGGUUUCUUCCUGACUCCUAAACGGAUGUUAAGGCCACAUUGAGGGAAACACUAUUCAUCUGUCCACCUAGUGAAGACUGCAGAACCAUGUUACUCUUUUUCUAUGCAUAUCGUCAUGUGGCAUUUAUACUUCAAUCCUUCAGGGCUCUUGUACAAAAGUGCUACUGUGAAUCUUAGACCCCCACCCCACCCCCGCAUUAUGCUGUUGAAUUUGGACUCUGUGGAUGUAGGGGAGAGAAGCACUGAGCUAAAUGGAAACUGGAACCACAACCUUUGUUCCAAGGUGGGCAACUGGUGUGAACGCUGUGUAUAUGAAGCUGGGGCAUUUCCUGCAUGGACCGCCAGAUUACAGAUAGCUGAGUCAAAACAGCUUUUGCUGUUAUGGAAGUGAAGGGAUAGGGCUUGAGGGUUUUUUCCCUUGUACUUCCAGUGAGAAGUGAUUUUAUUGUCUGGCAUUGAAAGAGGGACAUCUCAGCAACAACAGACCUGUUGUCCUUUUCCCGCUGCUGAAGUUUCGUUAAUAAUGUGUAACUCCAAGGGGGGUGUCUUUUCUCUCUUUGUAUGUCUCUUGCCUUGUCCGCUCCCACCCCGAGUACACCUCUGAUGAUUCUCAUCCAACGCUAGAAGUAUCUAGCUGUGUAGGCGCUCUUUGUUAUGCAAUCUCUAGAAGCCACAUAUAAUAUCAAUGUAAACAGACCAUUUCAGUGUCUCAUUUCCAUAUAUCUAAUUGUGAGAUUCAUUGGGAGUUCAAAAUUCUGUAUUUGACUUGUUUGACAUAUAUAUAGAUACAUAUAUAUAUGAUGAGAUAUAUUCACCCAAGUUCUCUUGUUUUGUAUACAAAGUGCUGCCAUGUUCUGAUGUCUUGGGUGCAACUGUUGUACUGACUGACAUGUUGUACUGCGAUUGUGCAAUUUAGUAUCCUUUGUGGAAUACUGUUGUUUUUAAACUCAUGUAUUGAAAGCAUUUCAAGUCCUGGUUAUGAAUGGAUUGGGGAAGUGAAAUAAAACUUGUUGUUUUUUUUUAAACCCCUACACUGAAUUCUGUCUUUUUCAUAACCAGCACAUGCAUUUUAUUCCAGAUCUAUUUUGGCUUGCUGGGGAAGGAGGAAUAGGUCAAUUGCACUUCUCUCUGUCUUUCAUUUCUUCAGUCUUAAAUUCAAUUUACACUAUUCCUGUCCUCUGUU